UUGCUUCAGGGUUUUUUGUUCUUAAUUUGGUCUGUAGCUCCUCCACUCAGCUCCUUCUGUGUUUUAACAUCCCUCACAGUUGUAUGUUUCUCUGCUGUUGACUGAUCAGCCAUCAGUCCCAAAUCUAAAAUGUUUUGCCCUCCAAAUAAAACUUGAUCAAUAGCUACUAAAAUAUCUUUAACAUUGAACACCUCCCUUACAGAAGUAAUGUUUUUUUUGUUUUGUUUUUGUACAUUUGCCGGCAGGAGGUGAAAUCAUAAAAUUUAUCAAUGUGCUAGGUGUGACUGGUUAUACCUCUUGGAACUAGAAUUACUAUUGAUUGUUAUACCAUUCAGUAUCAAUGACUUACACAGCUGGGUGAUUGGUACAAAGACCUGGUAUUAACAUUAGUUUAAAGCACUGGAAUAUAAAUAAAGUCUAUUGAUUGAUAACUGUUUAUAAUUAACAAAACAGGAUAUUUUCUGAAAGACAACCAGAUCAGGAUGAAAAUGUUAUUCACUUUUUUGACAAGUUCUUGAGAGAAAACAGAUUAGACCCUAUACCAUACACAUACGGACUGAUUGAUGUAUAGGAAGUAGAAAUAAAAAACUCCACAUCAGCCCAAAAAGGGAAGUCAUUGGGGCUAAAAGUCAAGUGAAAGAUCAGGUAGAGAGUCCAAUCCACCUGAAACAGAGUCAUGGCUGCAAGUACAGUUACAGUGCUUUUCUGAAACUUCAACUGCGUACUCUUCCUGAACUGACUCGACCCGCUCAUGCUCUCCGUCGGCUGCACCGUCCACCUCUGUCUCAGCAGCACCAUGAUGAUGAGGAUGCCGGUUACCGUGACGAUAAUGAGAGGCAGCAAAUUGCACAUUACAAUGAAGAUGUAUUUGUAGAUUUUAUUAAGGAUGGGACAGUCAUUGUGAUUACACUGGAAGAAGUCUGGAGGGCAAGUAUUGCUGUUCUUUGUGAUAUUUUCUGCAGGGCCCUGAGGACUGAUGAUAAAGUUGGGGACACUCAGAAGUAUCGCGAGCAGCACACAGACCCCGCUGACCAUCCAGGCUGACCUGAUGCUGUCCAAGAAGGUCAUCAGGUUGACUCUUUUGGUGGCGUUUCUCAGCUUCUGGUAGCGAUAGAUGCUGAUGAGGAUGGUAAAGAGGAUGCUGGAAAUUUCCCCAAACACAGUGAGAAACUUCAAGAAGCGACACAGCAAAUUGCCACCGAAAGUUGUUGUGGUGAUGAAGGUCUGAUGAAUUAUAAUGUCGUAGAUAUUCACGAUGACAAUUUCCUCAAAGUUGGCAGAAGCAAGUCCCAAAAGAAACAACUCAAAGGAUUUAACUCGAGAGAACUUGGUUUGUAGGAUGGAGACGAUUAAAAAUACAUUACCCAUAAGUCCAAGGCAAGAAAUAAAGACUGUAAGUCCAAGUAAGCUUACAGUGGCACUAACCAUGAUAUAGACUAAGAUCACACAACAUAUCAGGCAAGUAAAAGCUUCGACUUUCCAGCACAGAGUGAAGUUUUUGUAAGUUGACCUCUCUUAUUAUCAAGUUCUGACAGGUGAUGAGAAUCCAGAUGCUGAUUGGCCGUGCUCAUUAUAAAGAGAGGAAAACAAGAUGAUGCUGGAAACAUUGGAGGCUGGGAAUCAUUAAAGUUUUACCUCUGAGCUUUGCGAAGAUUCAUCUUGAGACCAGCGUGUCAGAUUUAAAGCUGUGACAGGUUUUUCCACCGGCUGACAUCACCAAAGGCAACUCCUGCAAGAGCUCAUUUAGAUCCUUUCACACUUGUUUUUCUAGACCUGCUGAAUUUUGACUCACAUCAGACUUUAGCUAGGCCAAAAUAUCUACUUGAUGUACAACUUAUCAACCCUCAUUCCCAUACUCAACAGUUAGCUAUAAUGCUUCUGAUUCAACUGCAAGUACAACUGCACAACUGCAGAUGGUUCAACUAGAUGUGCCUCCAAUUAAAUUUGACAAAAAUAAUAAUUGAAUCUAGUUUGAAUCUGGUCAUUUUAAGAAAACUGUGUUUGAUUUUCUAAAAUCAUCAUCAAGUCUUAUUGUCUUGUGUUAUUUUAGUCCAAAUAAAGUCAGAAGAACUCCGUUUUUGUUGAAGUGUCAUGUUUGUCAGUGUUAAUUUUCUUUUUAUUUAGUUCAGGUUUAGUCAUACUUCCCACUGAGCAUUUUUUGGUCUAAAAGAGGUUUAAUAGACGUCUAAAUGUAGUCUAGACGACUGGUCUAAAAUCAGGCUACCACAGGUCUAAAAAUGAAAGUUUUCAGACGUCAAAAUUUAGACCAAGUUUAGACUAGCCAGCUAACAGAGGUCUACCAGUAUAUUGCUCAACAGUUAUCAUAAUUAGUUUGGUUUAGAACUUGGAGAUCAGUUAUGCAACUCACAGUUGCUUUUUGAAAUAAAUACCUAUCGAAUAGCGGGUUAAAGUGCAACGUCUAAAUUCCAUCUACAGAUAUACAGAAUCUGAAAUUAGGUCUAAAAAAUAACUAGAUGUCUAAUAGCCGUCUGUUGCUCAGUGGGUUUUCUCGAGGAUAGGACAGAAAUUUCCCCUGCUUGUAAAAUUUUCAGUGUGGAAUAUGUAUUUCUUACUUUGUUUUGCCAACACUGCUGAAAGUGUGUGUCAUAUAAAAAAUGAAUGCAUAAAGCGUGAUAAGUCAGAUUUCAACAACACAUAUUCCUUCUCUACUACAUUGAGCUGCAUUUAACUGCAGUCUGUGUAUGUUUGCUAAAUGACUUGGGCUCUGUGUAUGAGUCUUAGAAAACCAUAAAUCAUAUUUUAGUUUUCAUUGUCAAUUUACUGACCAUUUACGUCAUUGUCUUGAAGUCAUAAAACUCCUACAAUGAUGCAGAUUCAUCACGUCAUUCUCUUGAGCGGGAACAAGUUUAUCAGUCUGAAGCUUUGCAAGCUUCUUCUUCUUUUGGAAUCUGGCUCAUCUACCUUUUUGCCUGGUUAGGCAGGAAACUCUCAUGGAAAAUUCUCUCCAAGCACAUGGUUAAGGGUUAUACAAAUAUCUUGCACAGCUGGUGCGACUCGUAUGAGCAAAAGACAAAUGUACGAGAUAGAUCCAUCUGAGGUAAAAGAGGGACUAAUUUUUCAUCAUAAAACACCAAGAUGUCAGCACAUCUGUAUGCAGCAUUGAUAUAAAUGCAGAAGCUAUCAUCUCAGUUUCAGACUAGCUUUUUAAUCAUGUCAAAUCAAGCAACUCUGGAGAUUUUCAGAAAAGCAUGUAUGAAAAAAGUUAAUCUGAUUUGGACUUUUUCUGCCAGCCAACCAGCAAAAUUUCCACAAGAAGUUCGGAUGGAUCAAUCUGAGAACACGACAGGAAAUAUUUUGGAAAAUUCUCCAAAAGCGAGUUGGCAGGGAUGGUGUCAAUUACAUUGUGUUGAACCAGGAGAGAGACAUGUACACUAACGUGAAAGAGGUUUGUGAAACCAGCAAUCCUUGUACAGCCAAAGCAGUAAGUCUGCAGCUUUCACUCACUGAAAAAGCUUCAGAUCUGACUUUUUUGGCUACACCAUAGACCGCACAGACAUGAUAUCUUUCUAAAUUUAAUAAAAAUAACACCACCAUGAACAAUAACGGCUUUUUCAAGCUGUGAGUUGCCUCCUGUUUGGGUUUACAAUGACGGUCAUGUCUCUAAAAUUAGAACGCUGGAGCGAACUUCCUGUUUUCAGAGUAAAAGAACGAGAGCAGUAAUAGUAUAAGAAAAGCCCUGAAAACUGAAAUCUUUGUGUAUGUGUGUGUGCAAACAGAGAAGAAUACACAAUGGGACAGGGGAUCCUGGAGCGUGUUGCAGUACAUGUUACAGCUCGUCUCUUUUCCUCCUUCACUGCGCUGUCUAGUUAACAUGAGUUGUCUUCAGCCGAGCCCUGCAUCCUGACUCAGCUUAAUUGUGAAUCCCACUGUGUGUGUUUGUGUGUGUGUGUGUCUGUGUGUUUGUGUGUAAUUAAGAAUAAGCUCUGCUCUACAUUGGCAGUAAACGAGUAAACUAAAGGGUUGCGUAAUGAGCCUGACGCUUGGGAAGUUGAAGUCACUCAAAUCAUCAUCGACUUUUUAAAGUGUUUGUUUAAUAUGUAUUUAAGUAAAACAGGGUUUAUUGAUUUUUGUGUUUUUCUGCCGUUCUUUUACGCAAAAAAAUGUUGUGUUAGUCUAAAAGAUUAAGACACAGGGAGGGGGGAUUUCCACCAGUCACAGUCUGUUGUCUUCAUUAUUUUGUACACAAACUAAUUGGAUUAAGCUUUAUGGAAACCCCCACUAUAUCUUACACUUAUUAAACAAAACAAUGUAGAUGUGCUGAACAUUAUUAGACAAACAAACAUUAUUGAAACAAAACAGCACACAGAGUUUAGACUGAUUAAAAAGAUGAACAACAUGAUAAUUCCCCAAAACUGAUGCCAAAAUAGUUUGAGCUCCCUCUACUGACCAAUAGCUGAAAAUGUGAUUAAAUUCAGCUCCUCCAUGUCAGCAGAUGGGACAUGGAUCGAACUGUCAAACGAUACAGUUUUUUCAAACAUGUAAAGCAAUAAGCAGAAAUGUGGACUGUAUCAAAUGUAUUUCCAUUACACAUUGUUACCUUCGCCAAGGAGGUUAUGUUUUCGGUAGCGUUGAUUUGUUUGUUUGUUUGUCUGUGACCAACUUUACGGAGAAAGUUACAGAUGGAUUGCUCUGAAAUUUUCACCAGAGGUGCGUCUCAGCCCCAGGAGGAUCCCAUUACAUUUUGGUGGUGAUCCGGAUCGCCUUCUGGAUCCAGGAAUUUUUUGAAGGAUUCUUUAUCAUUGUGAGAUAGGGCAAAUUUUGGAAUUUUUGCAUUUAACUCUAUAGAAAUGGCCAGACUCUUUAGUAAAAAAUUACACAAAAGGAUCUCAAUGAGUUUUAUGAGGUGUCAAAGGUUCAUCCUGAUCCAGACAAAAUUCCGGAUACUGUGAUCCAGAACACACAAAAAUAAGGGUGUCGUUGGAAUUUUCAAUGCUGAAAGAUAACCAAUGGGCGGCACAGUGGUGUAGAUGGGCGGCACAGUGGUUAGCACUGUCGCCUCACAGCAAGAAGGUCCUGGGUUUGAAUCCGGGUCAGGGCAUUUCUUGUUUUAGGAACAUUAUGAACAGUGAACAUACCAGUUUAAACACAAAUAAAAGUUAAUAAAAGACACGUAACAGUAAAAGUUUUGGGUAGACAUGAGCUGCUUGGCGGAGGUCUGCGCUCUCAGAGUGCUUUUCUAGUUUUUAAAUCAAAUUUAAAAACUCACUUUUACUCCCUGGCUUUUAACUCCUGAGAACUUGGCCUUUUAAUCAUGUUUUUACUGAACCAUCUAUGUCCCCUGUUUUUAAUGUGUUCCUCUGUGCAGCACUUUAGUCAACGUUUUGUUGUUUUUAAAUGUGCUUUAUAAAUAAACCUGGAUUGGAUUAGAUUGGGUUGCACACAACAAGGUGCAUCGUCACAUCUGUCUGAGCAUUUUGGCUGUUUUGUCACAACUGAAUGUGGUUUAAUCAGAUUACAUUCAAACACCAGUAAGCCUAGGGACAGUAACUACAUGAUCACACUUCAUUGGGCUUCAUAUGUUGGGCUAAACAACAGCUGAUUUUGCAGAUUUAUAGAGUCACUUGUAAGUUGAAUGUGUCUUAAUAAAGUCCUUACUAUAUGACUGUUUAUUCAGUUAUUGUAUCUGUUUGACUUUGUAUGUUAAUAUGGUGGAGCUGCAGCAAUCAGACACAGUCGCCCCUCACCUAUGACUUCCCUAAUCUGCUGAUAAAGAGCUGAAUCGCUUGGUGAAAUAAUUACAUUUAAUCAGCAGUCUGUCGUAAUAAAAUGUGUUUGACUUUUCAGCUGAUCUGUUGGCUGUACAAAAAUCCCUCAAUUAAGGAUGUGAAAUAGAGUUGAUCGAGAGAGCGUACAAUCUCAACAAAGAGGGAGUGUGAGAGGAAAAGUAUUAUGUCUGGGUUGAGACCUCUAAUUUCACAUCGCCAAAAUUAAACUGAAUUCAAAAUGAAACCUACAUUCUUUAAAAAUCAUGAAUAAAUGGUUUUAGCAUUAAUACUCACAGGCAUCUCCACCAAAGUGUCUCAGAGCAGGUCACUGAGUCUACAGGGCUACAGUUAUGGAGUCUAUGCUCUGGAUACUCACAGCACCUUGAGAUGAGAUGAGGAAAGUGGAGGUUAACGGAGGCUUCACAGCGUCCUCUCUACCUACCUCAUCUGUCUGCAUGCUUUAUUGUACCCCAAGAACCAAUUUACCAGCUCUCUUAUCCUGUUCCAACUGAAGCCAAAUUAAUCCCACCGAGCUGGAGACCACUUCCUCCAGACCGAUACCAAUUUAUCCGAGGGUAGCUGGGGCUUCAUCUGAUUGGCCUGCCAUUGUGACCACGAUCCAUUUAAGGGAUCCAUGAGUCCAUUUGUAGGUUAAACGACAAAAUACUGACUUACUGUUUGGCAUCUGUGCAAAAAAAUUGAUGUAGCGGUAGGACUUGUUGUGUUUUUUCCCUCUUUUUCUGCUAAGAAAAAUGGUGGAGUCUCUCUUUGUUUCAUGUUUUUAGCAUCAGCUGAUUGAAACUAAACUGCUCUGAGAAAUCAACAAUUGCAUGACAAAACCUACUCGUUCACGACUGAAAACCUGUUGAAUAAAGCCGCGUUCAGACCAAACACGACUUGAAGCGACCUAGUUGCGUUGGUCGCUGUAAUCGCGUUGCGUCGUGCCCUGGUGUGUUCACACCGGGUCCAAAACUGCAGUCGUGGAGGUCGCAGAACGUGGCUGACCCGCUUCUCCCACCUUCCUUCUCCCUCCUUUUCUCCCUCAUGUAGACAUCCCGCAGCCCCCUCCAGCGCUUGUGAUACACAUCCACUGCAAAGACACACACACACACACGUUGAAACGUGUAGCCUUGCAAGCAGGGGCAGUUUGCUAAGUUUUUAGAAAAUAGUCUGCUCACUGAAAUAAAUAAACAAACAAACUUACCAGAAAGUCCGACAUCAUUGGCCACCUUCGCCCAUGCUUCCUCCUUGGAGAUGCGGUCCCGGUAGAACGCGCACCCCAUGUCAUAAAGGACCGGGUGAUAACUCACGGCAGUGAAAAGCUGCUCCUCCAUGGUGAUUCUUCUUCUCCUCCUCCCUGCUUCGCGGGUGUGUUGACAUCAACAGAGCCCUGAUUGGCUGUUGCGGCGCGGAGUUGCGGAAAGUCGGAAAGUGACGCGACUUGGCAUCCUGCAAUCUCGGGCGACGCAACUUUGGCAAACAUGCGCGAACUGGUCGCGUAGGUCGCUCACGUCGCUGGCACCUGGCGGUCACGUCAGGUGGUGGCUAUACAUAGACUUUGCAUUGGAAGUCGUUGCUCAAGUCGCUGAGGUCGCGUUUGGUCUGAACGCGGCUUAAGAAGAUUUCUAGUGUGUUUAGUUUUCUAGUUUGAUACAAUUCCUGUCUGUUUAUAAAGGGGGCGAGGUAAAUAACUUGUGCUGCAGCCAGCCACCAGGGGGAGCUCUAAAAAGUAUUGUUUCGCAGGAGAUAGCCAAUGUUCUGUCUAUUGUAUAAUAAAGCUACUGGAAAGCCAGUGACAAAUUCCUACAAAUGAGGGAACUUGUACAUAACUUUCUUGUUUUGCUUCAGGGGACUUGCAGGCAGUUAUUUUAUGGAAAUUUUCUGUUUUGUUAAUUUGGAAACGUAAUUUGGUUUGGACGCCAACUUGCAGCUCUUGGCAUGUGGCCCCUGAAGGCACCACGGGAACCAUUUUCCUGGCCUUGGUCCCACUUUAAGCCCAACCGGUUUGUAUCCAGGUGCUUCCACGCUGCCUAUCCCUCCCAGUGUCCCGUCAAAGCAAACCACGCAUCCCUCCCGGAAAAGUUGCGUGAGUUGAUCCAAGGAGACAACCCUCCCUCGCUGCCCCGCGUGGAUACCCCUUUAAAAACCUCACCACGCUGCCAUCACAUGCUCCAACACAGAAGACGGAUGUUCUUGUUAUUUUCGUUCGAGACAUCUCUUUCUCAUAUCGUGGACGAUCGUAAGACUUCCGAGACUUUUGCGGUGAGGUUCCUCACUUUGUACGGCUGAGGAGAGGAAAGGGGGGUUGGCCCACCCUCUCCUGUCAGCGCUGCAGUCAGUCAGUCAGUCAGUCAUGUUGUGCUGCUAGUUGUUGUUCAGUAGCAACACACAGACUGGUGCGCAAACUGAAAGCUGCGUGCGCUGUUAAUGCCGAGCGGCGGAUAGAAGCGACGUGUGUGCGGGCUGUACCGCCUGGAUCUCCCGCAGGAACACUCCACGGCUCGGGGAUGGGAUAGAAGGAAAUAAACAUCCUGAGAGAGAGCCAGCUCGCCACGGAAAGGAGUGUUGCCUCUUCUUGCGAGACGAGAGUUGUUUGCUCCGUCUCUUUUUCCUCCUCUGCUCGGGCUUUUUUUUUUUUUUUUUACUGAAGAGGUUUCCUCGAGUGGAGUGGCGAAACAUCAGCGACAUUUCGUGUUUAUUUCCUGCAUCGUCGGACUAGACUUGCCUUACCUCGCCGUGUGGAAAACAAGGUGCCCUGACUGGCUCCUCACACCGUUGCAAAUAAGACGAGAUAGUGCCUGCCUGCCUGCCUGCUGCCACACGGAGCUUUGGUACGGUAAGUAGCGGCUGCUCCACAUUAUCUUUCCCUCAUUGAGCUUUCUUUCUUUUCACGUUCAGUGGGGGGCUUGCGUGGCCAGCUCUGCCUCUCUCUUCGUGCACGCUCUCUGGUCAUGUCUGGCGGACGUUGCACGGGCAGAUAAUGGCCAUGGUGAUGAAGGAGAUUCCCAGGGAGUGGUACUCAGUCGGACUGGCCGUGCAAUGUGUGUUAUGAUACCCAGGCACCCCUCUUUACCACCAUCAGCUUCACCCCUUCUCAGCUCCUCCGCUACCGCUACCAACACCACCAACACCAAGCUAGAGCCCACGAAGUGAGAUAUAACCUACCAACGCGAUAAUAAUAGUGUUGUCCGCGGAAGAGGCUGAAACAAGGUCAAAGAUAGGGACAUUAGCCCGUGAGCUCUCUCAUGUGUGGAUUGGCUGCUUGGAUGCGCGAUGUGUUCACCUUAUCAGUCUUCUGUGUGUGUUUGUGUUGCUCGUAGGCUUGUCACAAACUUUAUGGCUGCUGUGGUAUUUCCACAGGGUGUAAUUUGCCUCUGCGUGUCACUCGUUUGGGGUCUCUAACUUGUUACUUUGGUUGAGAGGAAAUAAACGGGGACGAAUAAGUUGCACCAGGGGCGACGUUAGGAUGAGAUGUGGAGGGGUCCUCAGCCCCCCCAAAGAGACUGGGUUGAGAGUUUCUUGAAAGUGUUCAGUUAUAUCUCUAGUUUCACUGAACAGCAAGGUAUAUAUGCCAUACUUAUGUGGUUUUUAUUCACAUUAAUAACACUAAAGUAACUACAUUUUGUUAUUUCGGAUCACUACAUCAAGGCAAUCAUAGUUUUGUCUCUAACUAGUGUAUCUGUAUAUAUUUCAAGAUGUUGUGUAUCCCCGCAAACCAACAGAAUGAGUGUAAACAGAACUGUCUUGAUAAUAUAUAACCUAUAGACUAUAGGUUUUCACCAUUAACUCAAAAUUUUAUUGAGUCUCUGAUAACAGAAAAAGUUUGUUUAACAAAAACAAUAGGUAAUAAGUCUGUAUGUGUCAUGUGGUGUUUGUGGUUGCUGUGGUAACGUACAGGAGCUUGGGUCAUGUGGGGCACAGGAUGAAUGCCGGGUAGUUAUGAAAAGACGCGGCUUACCUGCAGUCAGGUGGAGAGAGGGAAGCAGGGUAGCCAUAAUUUUUGUUGACCGCUUCGCUUUGCAUCGCGUCAUAUAGCAUAGCAUCUCUUUGGUUUGCCUUUGUGUGUUGAUGCUGUGUAUCAAAAGGAGUCCUGUGUGUGUGACCACUAGCAGAUGUUUCAUUAAAAACAUUGUAAAGUGCAUUCUAAGCCUCUUGCUUGUCUAUGGAGAAAGCGAUAGCGGGUCGGACAAAUACUGGACCCUCAACUUUUCUCUCAAGCGACAAGGUUGGUCUCCGAAGUAGCUACAGAUAAAAAAUACAAUUAUAGCUAUGAUAUGUCUUGAGCUUAUUUAGUUCACUAAUUCUGGUGUUAAAGUCCUCAUAUGUUUUACAUGCUCUCCCAUGUGAGGCUCUCUGAACAUCUGUGCUGUUGCCUUGAACGCAUCACUCCGAGACGAUGCAAGACUAUCAAUGUAAAUAUUAUGUCUCACGUUUGUUUCCUUUUCAUUGAAGUGUUCAUAUUCCAACAAACACUGCUUGAAUAUAGUUUACAGCUUAAACCGACCUGAAUCAUCCCAAAUUGUAAAGUAAAAGUAUCAAUCCAGUGUCCGUGAGGCUCAGCAGAAACACAGGACAAUCUCCAGUUGUCUGAAAACCUGGCAGCUUUGGACAAAUAUAGUGAUCUGAUUCAUGAAUAACCAUGGACCAUGCAAACUAUGGGAGAUUCCCGGGAGAAAUGACAAUACGGGAUCUGGGCGGGAGAUAGGUCUGUUAUACGAGAGAGUUCCGGGAAAAACGGGAGUGUUGGCAGGUAUGGAUAUACCUCUAGUUUCACUGAACAACAAAGGAUAUAUGAGGUUUUUAUUCACAUUAUUAACACUUAAAUAACCACAUUAUUUAGAAUAUGCUGUAUUUGGUGAAUCAGAGGCACAGAUAAAUUGACUGACAGGCGGGCACACUGUGGCCAUUUGUGAGCUCACCUCUGGUAGGUCGACCAAAAGUGAGGUUAGGCAUUUCCAUUAUGGCGAUCUCUGCCAAUAGGUUUCAAAACUCAGCUUCAGAAACCAACGUUAGGUGAAGUUCAUAUACCAUCUGUGACCUUGACAUCUCAUGUAGACACUUUUGUUAUUUUGGUAAUAAAAUAGUCAAACCAUUCACUCUCUUUGGUGAGCUUCAUGCAGCUCUGAGCACUUAUGGGUAUUAAACAGGGUGCCAUAUUAAAAUAAGACACCGCUAAGCUGGUGAACCGCAGGACUACACUACCAGAAUGAAUGAAGGAUGGUAUCUUUAGCUUGUGGUAGUACAGUAUGUGCAACUCAUAAGGAAUGUUUCUGACUAAAGGAUGGUUAUAUUAAACAAUUCAGAUAUCUACUGAAUGAAAACCUGUUGAGUCAAAAAAACUGUCUUUGCACAUCCCCCUGUUAGUUUUGUUUUAGGUGUGGGCUACAGUUGUGUGUCUGGUUCUGCUUGAGGUUUCUUCCCGAUAAAAAAAACUAGUUUUCCUUAGCAACCGUUGCCAAGUCCUUGCAGGUUGUCGAAUUAGUGUUGUGUGCCUCCAUAUUAAUGACAAAGAGCACUGUGUUAAGUGUUGUGAUACAGCUUCUGUUGUGAUUUGGGACGGCGCAGUACAAAUAAAAAUGUCCAUCAAUUAGCCCUCAUGACAGUUUGCUGAUUGAGUCACAAAAGCACGAGUGGAUAAUGCCUGUAUGACAUAUGAUGCUUGUGCUGUCGAUGAAUUACUUUCAGGAUGUGCAUAAAUUAAAAAAUGACUGAGGACGGAGUGAAAGGAGACAAUCUUAAUGGAGUGAUUAAACGAGACUCCUCUCAUCAGUUCGUGAUGGUCAGAUCAAAAUCAAACAUAGACUUUUUAUUAAGAGUCAGUCAACUGUAAAUAUUGAAAUGUCCUGAUUCAAUAUUCAGCCUAAGUAUUGAGAUAUUAAACUCUGUCAAAAAUGGAAACUGAUAAAACAUGAGGACUAUCAAAUUACAAGCCCACUUCAAGUACUCAAUCUGAUAAUUAUAUUUGAAUACUCGCACUUUUAAUUCUCUUUUAAUUCUACAAUAGUGCAUCACAAACCCGUAUGUCAAUGUUUGAUUACAAGAGAUGUAAGAAGCGUUCAAAAUCCACCUGAAACUAAAAGCACCAAGAAGUCUAACAGCUGAUUUCAAAUGUUUAUAAGCCGAAGCAGAGAAACUGUGUGUAGCUCUGUUCCUGUGACUGAGGGUGAGGAGGAAGAAGAGGAGGCAGAGGUCUGAGAGCAGUGAAGAAGGCAGGCUACCUGCUGCUAAUGAGCUCAAUACCUCUGCAUCUCUCUCGGCGCGCACACUGAAAGAGCCAAGAUACAGUCUGAGGAAAAAAUUCAUACUGCACCUUAUUGCUGAAUUAUCUAUGUCAAAGCAGCAUGGUGAUACUGUGGACUGCUGAAGAAGAACUGGAGUUAAAGAUUUAUGUGCAGCUUCGAACACAAUCUAUAUACGGUGAGGAGGUUUUCAUUACCCUGGACAAGCUCAAACGAUAAAGCUGUGAGGUCAAAGGAUGGUUAUUUAUGGAAAAAAUGAAGGAAAGCUGUCACUGGACUUUAAAAAGUGAAAUAUGUCUGCAGUGUAUUCUCAAUGUGAGUGAACAUUAGUUACCCAGCUUUAGAUGGGCAUGGAACCGCAUUAUUUCUGAAGUUCUCUUGAUGAAACUGUGUUUUUUUACUUUUUCAGAAGUUGUUAAAUGACUUCUUUUGUGAGUCACUUUUUUGAAUCAGCUGGACUUGAUUGAUUCUCAAGAUAAACCCUCAGAAAGCCAUUCAAAGUGCAUUUCGGUCAGUUUGAUAUUUCAAAGUAGAAUAUAUGCUUCUGAAAUGACUAAGUUGAGUGGAACUAUCUCGUAUUGUGUACCUCAAGGUUUUUCCUGUAAAAAUAUGAAUGAUGCACCUGCAUUUCUUCCCUCUGUGAAAGGAUAGAAGCCAAAGUACGCAACAGGUGCUGACAUAUAGUCCUGUAUUUUGGAGCUACAAAAACGACAGUAAUGAAUCCUCUUCCAUUUGGAUUAUAGGUAAAAUAUGAAGGAUCCCCUAGGUUUGUACAGUCAGCUGCAGAAUUUAUGAAACUUAUGUGAAGCAGACGUUGACAGGUAUGGAAAGUUCAGCGAGUCUUUGUGUUUGUCAUGUUUUUUCCUCACUCCUCCACUUCUCUGCUAAUUUAGUUUUUCCAUCCCAGUCAGACGGGAACGCUCCAUGGCCGAUGUCAAGACAAAAGUUACCCCUGAAGUGUCCCUGUGCCCCCACCAUGCCACACACUUAGGGGACCACUAUUCGAGUUUGACAGAUGGUGGGGAGGGGUGGACUCAAAUCUUUGGCUUCACUUUUAAGAUGCUUUCGUGCUGUCCAUUAUGUUAAAAUCUGAACCCACUGCAGAAUCAAAACCACGUUUAAACUAUUCACAGCAGAGGUGAACAAAAUUCUUAGUCUAACUGAAGAGGAGGAGAAGGUUUCAGUGAAAGUUCUCAACAAGUGAGUCAUUUAUUCAGGCCUUGUUCUUUCCAUCUUAUAACCACUAUUAACACCUCCAGAAACUCUCUCUUGUUAGCACUAUCAAUGAUUUGCUCCUUUUUCUGCCAACUCCUCUUCCUCAGGGCUGCCGUGAGACUCUCUCCUAGUGCGAAGGCCUCUCUCUCUUUUAUCGUAGUUGAACAUUAAUCUUUUGGAGUUACUUCGACGGGCUUACACUUCACCGUGCAGCACCUCUUUUCCUCUUUGAUCGAACAGACCCCACCCUUCCUCGCUAAAGCUUCAUAAAUGUCAUAAAAUUUAACACAGAAGUGUUUUAACGACUCACACCCAGACUCUGUCAUUAAAAAGCAAUGCAGGACUAAUAACAGAGCCAUUACUGUAAAAGCAAUCCUCUGGGGACCGUCAGUGGACCUCUGCCAACACACAAAUCUAACACUUAAAUUAUCAAUAGACUAUGGUGUUAGAAUUAUUCCCAGAUCAGUAGUAUACUUAGUAUAUAACAUCAAUUCUUCCACGUCUUUUUACGUACUUUGUUCCAGCUCUGCAUCACGAUAAUUGUUUACAAUACUAAAGCCUUAACUUUACAUUUUUGUUAGGGUACCAUUUUUAAGACCUAAUGAUGGAAAUUUAUCCAAUAUUGCGCAGAAGAAAAUGUCAAAAUGGGCUAAAACUUUGCAAAUAAAGUCAUUUCCCAUUAUUCUUUUUUAUUUAUCAUCCCAAGAUGUCUCAUAUUAUUUCCGCCAUUAAUGCAGAGAUUGUGCUUUAUAAUAUAACUACCUGCAAAAUCAUCAAAUGUUGAAAAAAGUAGCUUUUACAUGUAAUUUCAGGUAUGGAUAAUAAGUUGGCUUAACAUUUUUCUUGCUUGUUGGCAUGACAAUGGUUUAUUUUUGUAGGCCCAUUAUUCUUGUUAAAUACUGUCUGAGCUGUAGUGCAGCCUCCAGCCACUAGCUGGGGCUGUCACUCUGGUCAAUGGCUAAUGCCUUAAUACAGGAGAUAUACACUGACACUAUAUUAUUUACCAUUAACUGGAAGGUUUUUUGUAUACAUUUAAUGCUAAAAAGCCAUAAAGUCAGAACUCAGGAGGUUUUGGCUGGUUGGGUUGAUGUUUAUUCAAAAUCCCAUUAAAGUUAAUGAAGCCAAUUCUCAGAAUUUCAAUAUUAUAAUUUGAUUUGAUUGUUACAGAAAGCAGGAGGAGAUUUUCAGUCUAAAUAUACAAUUUACACAUGUACAGGACAAUUGCAAAGAAGAGAUGUGAGGUAUUACUUUGUCCACAGGGGGCGCCAAAGUCAACACAAACAGAAAGUUGCUUAUAGAAGCUUUAAAUAUCUGAAACUGAUAUAUACAGUCUGAUGAUCCGGACUUGUUCAAAUGGCUGCAACACCAAGACUUAGAUUCAGAGCAUCUGUGUGUUUACUCUGCUUGUCAUUUGAGCGGUGUGACACAGGAGCACCUUGUGAUGAGAGCUGAGAUUAGUGUCACGGUUGCUUGGUUUCAUUAGAAGAGUCUUGUUUGUGUUCAUUCACUGUCAUUGUCCUGAAGGAACCCUGUACCUGCUUCACACAAGGUCUGCACGAACUGUCUUCUCUGAACUAAAUCACCUGCUGGGCUGUUUUCUACCCCAUUAGUGCCAUAUAAUUACACAUUUCUAUAGCAUAAACUAGCUGGAGCUGACCUUGUGAAUAACAUGAUAUCUUUACAUUGGCCAUUGUCCUUUCACGGUCAUAUAUAAUUUCAUAAUUAACCUACGGUGGCCCUUUAACUAUACAAGCUGUGCCCUUAUUAGUGAAUUAACUUUCAGUUCUCGCCAUGCUCUUUAUCCACAGUAGCGCUGACGCUUUCAUGCCUGCUCUGUGUUAGUGGAAAAUUAAGCUGAGAUUCACUGUGUGUCUUCAGCUGAGGCAGCACUCAAGAUACAAGCAUGAAUAUGUGCACAGAGGGUUGAAGGUUUCUGCAUGUUGUUUUUAAGUUAUCCCUCCAUGUACAUGGCUGUCUUUGCUUUUCUUUUCAAUAACAAUGAGGUAGAAAAUUACUGGUCUAUCAGCUAGAGUCUGAAUGACAAAUCGGCUGGUAACUAUACAUAAGAGAGCUAAGAAACUACAGCAGGUCCACUUCAAGCUGGAGACGCUUUUAUCGCUUUUGAAAGUGAUGAACACAAGAUUGUAAUUUUUGAACAGGAAUUAUUAUUAGAUUCUCAAUUAAGUCAGAUCAAAUGAAAAUGUGCUUGGGAUUGAAAUGUCAGUAUACGCUGAAUCAAAUUUAAUAGAAACAAGUCGUUCCUUAUUUUAAUGGAUCAUUCAUUUUAAAGGCGCUGUAAGGACGUCUAAAACUGUUCCUAAUUAGGUUGGAAACAGAACCUGAUACUAAUGCGUCUUUAUGACCUUCAGAGGCAAACAAGGACAUCAGCAAAAGGCUGAAAAUUUCACAACUGUAAUUUUUGUAAGAGGGUGGGUGUCAGAGUAGAUCAUUGACUGCAAACUGGAAAAAAAACAUCAUUUUUUUGCACUUUGUCCAUGGUGACUUUUUCACUUUUUAUACAUUUCACUUUGAAAUUACAACAGGGUGACAUUUUUUUUCCUGAAAAGUCUAACCCCCAAUUUCCACUGCAUCUGGAACGGCUACUAAAAGGCCGUAUCCGCCGAUCGUAACCAUUCAAGUUAAUGUGUCAUUUGCCACCGGCUUCUUUCUGUUCUGCUGUGGAUCGCCAGACUCCGCAGCUGGUUGCAAGAGUUCUAUUUUUUCCGUUCUAAAUUCAGCACAGAUUAACCUGUGCUAGAAAGGAAGUCGGGCACAGACACAAAAUAAAACAUCCGACUUCUUUUCAAAAUAAAGCACUCCAUGUUUCAGGCAGAUCGUAUUUCACACCAUGCAAACGGGCGGAGACGAAUAAGUGAAAGGUGUAUAGACAGCAUUUCACCCUGAUGACACCAUGGAUGAGAGGAUGCUGAUUUUAUAAGUCUAGAUGAGAUUUCCUCCUCUAGAAGGAAACAAUCUACUGCUUAUAUGUCUAUGUAGCUGUCUUUAUAGAGACAACUCGUUAUCGCGCGAUUGCAUGUGAGUCCGCGGGUUCUUGUGAGUUCUCGCGAUCUCUCUGUAUUGGAGCCGUUCCAGAAGCUGUGAAAAUUGGCUGUAAUUUCACAUGUGCAGGGCAGGAGAUGAGAUGCGCCUAAACUGACACAAACCAAAAUUUCCCUGCAGCAGCUUUAAUGAAUCGUUCUUGAAUUGAAUUGUAACGAUAAAGGAUCUUGUUAGGGAGACAUUCACACCUAUAUUAGUGUUUUGCUAAACGCCUUUUCUGCUUGCCUCAGUUUCAGCUGUUGUGCCUGUGACAUCCUUAUAUAUGAUAAAGUGAUUUAAACACAGAAACAGCCGCCGUUGCGGAGGACUCAAGUGGAGUACAUCCCGUUGUGAGAGCUCGUCCAACAGAGAUGAUUUCCCACUUUGAGGCGCAUGUGUGCUCCUGAAAAUAUCAGGGCUUGAAAGUCAUAAAAUUAUCUGAAAAUGUCAGGAAUUCAUGUGUGAAAGGGGCUUUUGUUACAUAACAAGUGCAACAUUCCGAUUAAGGGGAUAUCUACCUCAUAAAUCCACCAUUAUCGUCUACUGUGAGGGUAAUCAGAGACCCCUUUAUUUCCUCUAAAACUGAUAUCAGUAUCAGUCCCAAACAUCACACCUCUCCAAGGCUUCAACCGCUGUGUUUUCUUAGUGAAAUUAUUGAUUAUUAUAAUACUGAACAAGUGAAUUCUGAAUUCUCACAUGGUUGUAAAUACAGUUGAGGGGCCCAUCGAUACAUGCUAAUCAGUUAUCUUAAUAGAAACAGUUUGCAAUUCAUUAUGGGCGCCUGUUAUAAAACACUGGAGCUACUAAUCUUGUUCUUUUUGACUAAAGCAUAUGUCUCCUUUAACUUCUAAGUGCCGUUGUGACAGCUGCAGUUAGAGAGAAGCUCAGUUUGUCUCAGUUAGCGUCUCUGACUGUCAGAAAAUAUGUUAAAGUGAAUCAUUGAAUGAGCAAAAUAAAUCUUUAAAGUGAUCCUCCUCACCAAGUCUGUGAGCAUGACACAUUCAACCCCAUGAACUUUAAGAAGUAGUACUUUGCUGCAUUAUGGAGAAAGACGGAUUUACACUCAUUAUACCAGACUCCAUCAUAUAGAGAUUUACACGAAUAAUCCUGUAAACAACUCCAGAGGUGAACUCAGUGUUUUUGAAAAAAGUUUUAACUGGUUCUUGUUUCUGGAUUUAUGUGCCUGUCGCUCAAAAUGUAAUUUAUCCUUCGCACAUAUCCAAGCCAGCUCAGAGAGGCAUUACAUUAUACUUGCUUACUCUGAUUACAUUAUACUUAGUUAAAUGGUGACAGGCAGACCAUACAGUGUGAACACAUGAAUCCAGAGCUUUGGUUGUGGGUUGUGCACGAUCCACUCGUUCAAUCCCAGUUCCAAGUAAGUGAAAAAAAGGCCACUUUUAGACGGAAAUGGUCUCCAUAGAAAACGGAAAAGUGCCGUUUCGUUUUCAGUUUUUAUGCUGUGUUUACACAAAAACGCAAUGUGGUUGAAAACGCUGUAAUGUGGUUGCCAGGUUGCCAUGUCGCUAGGUGGCACGUGUCGGUGUGACCGCGCUCCCAUAUAGACCAACAACACAUACGUAGAACAACUUCCGUUCUACAUUAAUUAUUUGAUGCAAAUAAUUCAGACGCCUCCUCUGCUGAGCAGUAUGAUCCAUGAGGAUUCUGAUGAUGUCAUAAGAGUGAGCCGACGUGAGCCAGGACGUCACAGGUUUGACUGUUUUCAGCAUUUUUUGUACUUUAGACGAAAGCGGGGCUAGCAGAGCAUUUACAACAUUUCCACUCUGGACCCUGAAAACGCAGUUGCCGUCUAAACGGACCGCCCUAAACGAAACUAAAGCUUUCUGUUUUCUAUGGAGACCGUUUUCAUCUAAAAGUGGCCUGAAUAACAUGAGAAACACCAGCGGCUCUUUUUUGCUGCUUAGGUUUCCACUAUCUUUUCAAGAAACAGUACUGAAGUCCGAUUGCUCUGAUGUGAUGCAAAAUGUAUGACUCCACCUGCUGUGAUUGGCUUGGUGGAGAGAUCUGACCCAGAAGCAGUUUUUCAGGGUUUAUAAUAAUGCAGCGCUGAGAAGAAACAGACCUUUUAUAAAGGGGGUCUGUCUGCUAAUGACACUGACCUUUCGUCUGCCACUCUCACUGUAAAACCAAAUUGGUGUCUGCAGUACAGUUCUUUAUUACGAUGAUAGUCCACAGAACUGUACAUCAGGCUUCAUGAUUGAACCAAGAGUGAUACGACCUCCUCUUCUAAGCUGCUCGGUCAUAAAAGUGCAGGUCUGUUUUCUCUGCUGUUAGUCUGCAUCAUGGUUUAUGAUCAUCAUUUUACGACUUUUAUGACCAGGGAAUGCAUACAAGGCUCUGGGUUAUUUGCAUAUGAAGGAGGGACAUCACAUUAUCAAUGUGCAUUUAUAAAAAGUCAACAUGUGAAAGGUGGGUCUCUUACUUUAACUUUGACUAUAUUUUUACCUCAAACUAAACCAAAAACUGUCCAGCACAGACAAAGAGUAGGUAACCCAAUGUUGAGUUUGUUAACCAGCAAGUUGUAGGAUUUUAUUGACGCCUUCAUUAGUAAAAUUAUUGUAAUGACACUGAAAUAAUAUACCUCAUAAAACAGGUGAUGUGUGUCCUUGACUCGUGCAUUGUAAACAAAUCGAUGCCAACUUAAACAUUCAGGAGCUCAAAAGUAUGAAUUGUCAAGUCAGACAAAUACUAAGUGGUUAGAUGAGGAAUUGAUUAUGUGACAAUAUGACUUCCACAGCAUGAAAAAAAAGCUCCGUCAGAAACAGGCACCUUUUACAAGAUGUAACAACUGUGUGUUCAGGUUUGUAAUUCAGCCUCCUCAGAUCAUCUGACAUUCAUCAUCUUUCCAUUAAAAAAAAAGAGAAAGAGUCGCUGAAAGUGUCCGCUUCCCUUGAUUGCAGGUUUGGUUUCUUUUAGAUGACAAAACAUCAGACAAAAGAGCUCUUUAAACCCUCCCGAAUGCAAGAAAGUAAAUGCCCUUCACAUGGCAGAUGCAAUUAAGACUGAUAACCCGCUAUUUGGUGUGACGACUGAGAUCAAAACACCUGUAACAAACAGAAGACUAAGGAUCUGUUGACGGCCUGUGGUUUUGUAAGUUUCUCUGCUCAACAGUGGUGAAGUUUGGGUUUUCAGAUGUUGUAUUAUACAGUCUUCCACACUUAUUUAUGAGUAAUUAGUGAUAUUUUACUCUCAAAUGUAGUCACCAGUGUGAAAGAGGCAUUCUGUUGGCAGGAUCUGGACUGGUGAAGUCACCAGUUCUGUUAAGCCCUUUAAUUAGGCGCAGUAACUGUUGUUGCAAUGAAUGCCUUUGACAGACACACCCAGAACCUGUCCAUCCCACAGGAGGCACCUUCUAGCAGUGGGGUGCAAAUGAUUCAAACACCUAUCUAGACACUGCCUCUCCUUACUUGUGUGAAGACAUUCCUGGUGUCCAAAUGUCAGAACCAGUUGUUGCACCUGAAUAAGAAUCCCUACCCACUGAAUAACCUCAUCACUUCGGAUUCUGCCUCUGUCUUCUUGACUGCUUUGUUUCAGCUCCAAGCUGGCUGAUACUCCCUGAUUCACUUUUAGAGGUGAUGGGUUACAUUUUUGGGAACCUGGGUAAUCUCUCUGAAGAGGCUCAGUCUAGGUCUCUAUGUUGACUAGAAGAGUGUAACUAGCACAUUUCUCAAGCACGCUGUUGACUUCCUGUUUUAGGAAGCUGCAUUUUACAUCCCUCUGUACACACUUAUGUAUUUAUAUUGGACCGCAAUAUUGUUAUCUAAUUCCCUGUUGAAAAUGAAAGGCCUUAAAUAAGUUAUAUGGAGGACCAGCUAUGAUAAAAAAAGAUGUUUUUUGGUAUUUUAUUGGGAAGUGGAGUUUGCAGUCAAUUGACACACAUUAAAAAACUUCCUGGGUAAGUUAAAAUGAAAAUAUUAAAUAUUAAAAUUGAGUUUUAGUAUGUGGGGAAACAAAAUAUUCACAUUUUCCAGUUUUGAAAAAUUUUAUGAUUAUUGUGAUUGUAAAAUAAUCAACUAAACUAAUAUGUACAUUUUAUAAAUAUAUAAGAAAUAAAAGCACUCCCAAUGUUUGCUUUCAAUUUAAACAUCAGUCUUCAUAAGUGUCAUGAACUGCCCAUAAGACACAUGUUUAUAAGUUUCCCAUAAACACCGGCCCAGCUGUCGGAUUAUAAACACAUUUCCACCCAACAAUAAAACACAGCUCAAUGAUUGUAACCCUUACUGUGCCAACACCUUAUUAUCUAAAGUGGUAAUUAUAUACGGCUCAAAAAAACAGAAUUGUAUGUAACAGCACUGAGAUUAAACAUUUUUGUUGGCAGGUGAGGUACAUUUAGUGGCAGCUCAGCUCACAGCCCCCUGGAGGAUCACAGAUUUUUUCACAUGGAUUCUUUUAAAUGAUUAAAUCACUUGGUCCGUUUGUUUUAACAAGGAGAAGGUUUGUGCUGUCAGAUAAGACACCACUAUGUACUUCUGAACGCUGCAGUGGCCAUGAGGCUCAAUCAAUCUCUCAACAACCUUCAUCAGAGGAAAGAUGCUGCAAAUUUAGACAUUACGCACAAAAAUCUUUAUUUUGAAGAAAGCCUGUUGAUUGAGGCAGUACAACCAACUAAGCGGGACAAGUUUGAGUUAACUGUUGACAGCAGAGAGUAAGGGAGGCCCAAUACUGUUCUCUUCUUCUCAUUAUAACCUAAUCUAACUAACUAAACCUAACAAGGACAUGAGUUUACUGUCAACAUGAGCAGUUGCAGCGCUAACUGUACUCCCUACUCAGAGCCUGACAGACAGCAGAGUCAACUAAACACUGAGCUAGCUGCACAGCUAAAACUAAACUAAGAAAUGGUAACUGAUAUGAACUGUUUGGAUAGUAAACCCUACAUGGAUAGUUGAGCUGUAAACUUUGGUUUAACUGUGUUUCAUGGUGGUUUAGGAUUCCUUUAAUAACUCUUCACGACUUUGACAAAUGGGAAGUAUUUAUGUCACCAGCACCACAUGGCCUCUGUAGAAACCUUUUCACUGUUCCACCUUUCUCGUGAAAUUUUUGUAGACCCCUUUCAACAGUCUAGUGGUUUACUGGUCGUGGUUUGGUCACAACAAAUGACAGGAUGAGUCUGUCUGUCAUGGAGCAUCGUAGGCUGAUUUUGCUUUUGCUACUCAUCUGGAGCGCGUAUCAAAAGACGCUAGUUGAUUGCGUGUAUGAACAGCUCGUUGGCCAGCGAGCGCGAACUGCGGCAUUAAUACAUUCCGGAGUAGACGUGCUGCAGACAACAGACGGAUAAAGACGAGACGGCGACAGGCAUUAACGACGUGUGUGGUGUGUUUCCUGUGAUUGGUGUGGAUGAAGUUCACACCAGAAAUGAACCGCUCCAGAGUCCACUUGAUAGCGGUCCGAGACCACCUCUUCAGGCAGACCAGAAUUCGUUUAUUUGGUCCGCACCAGAGUUCAGAGGUCAGCGUUCACACCGACCCAAACGAACCGCACCAAGGGGGUAAACGCUCCAGGGUUCGGUUCAACCGGACUAAACGAGGGCGGUGUGAACGCGCCCUUAAAUGUUGACAUAAGACAUAUUACCCCAUGUCAUCAAUAACUAAUAGCUAUUAACUGAUACUCAAAGCUUUUUUUGUGCAUACACCACAAAAAAGAUGCUUCUGUAACCAAUCCCUGCCUACCCCACCUUUAACUGUGUGUCAUGGUGGUUCAGGAUUCCUUAAAUAACUCAUGACAACUUUGACAAAUGGGUAGUAUUUAUGUCACCAGCACCACAUGGACUCUGUAGAAACCUCUGUUCACCUUUCUCGUGAAAUUCUUUAGACCCGUUUCAACAAUCUAGUGGUUUACUGGUCGUGGAUUGGUCACGACAAAUGACAGGAUGAGGUUGUCUGCCUGUUGGGGAAGCAUCCAUCGCCCAUAAUGUAGCUCCGUGUGUUAAUGUACUGUCACCAAGUUCACUCACACGCAGAAAAUAUGUAGUUUCUUAUCUCCCCUUUCACAAUAAAACAGCUGUUUGUCCGUCAUUGGAGGACGGGGGUGUCAAGCGAGCCGGGUCCGUGUGGCAAUUGGUUCAGAUUAAGUUUUCUGCAAACCCAACCAGGAAGAGCAACACACACGUUACACCAACACACACCAAUACACACACACACACAUCUCUCAGGCAGCGCCACCGACCGUCCUCUCUCCACUCCUCCCCAGCUCUCCCAGUUACGGAGCUCUGCCAUCGCACCAGUCCGGCGGCUUCUUCUUCUCCUCCCCCCCUCUUCCUCUUCUUCUUCUUCUUCUUCUUCUCUUCUUCUUCUUCUUCUCCCCGCAGAUUUUUUUUUUUUUUUUUGCUCGACGGUUCCCGGCUCGUGCAGGAGGAAGCGUGUCCUCGAGCCCGUGUAAGUUACCGCCUCUCUCGUUUUUGUGUUGCUAUUUCGCCCUGAAUGUUUGAAGUUGUUCCGACUGGCCAGCCGUCCAAAAGAGGAGCGCAGAACCCAUUUUUCGCUUCGUGCACCAGAAGCGAUACACACACACACAUACACACACGCAUAUACACACACACACACACAUAGGGCUGCUGCUGCUGCUAUACGAGCCAGAUCCUCCCAGGUCUCAACUGGAAGGACCGGGAUCAGAAGAGCCACCGUGUCGGCAACACGGAAUCCGGCUCGAAAAUGCGACCAGGAGGGGUGACUGCCCUUUAUUUCGCUCGCUGUGUAUGUAUGUGUGUGUUCGGGUACCCUCCACCUCCCCCUCCUCUCUCUCUCCAGCCCAUAUUUAGAGCCUGGCUUGGCUACUUCAGAUGGGCAAAGCUACGUCAAGCUGUACUGUAUCACAUCCCACUGUAUCCCUCGUCCACUGUGUACAUGUCCAAAUACACGCAUGCAGUAUAUGCAUGGGAUUCAGAUAUUGCACGCUUUUUGCAGAGCUUCCUCGUCGUUUCCAGCGGAUGAAGCUCAGGGCUGCGGUGUAAAGACUUGGAAGAAAACAAGAGAAAAAACAUCGACCUGAUGUUUCAGAGUCUUCCUGAUAAACGCCUCGUGCUGUAGCCGCCUGUCAGCGAAACCCUGACAUGGAAAAUGCAAAAUAAGAGCCUUAUUACCCAGCUAUGGUUCUUUAUUUUUGAUAUGUGUGUGAGAGAGAGAGCUGCACUUGAAAGUUGACAGCAGAAACAUUGAAAAGCAAGUGGAUGGGGGUCUUGAUUACAGGUGGGAUCAUGUGUAGGGGAGAGUGGGGUAAGUUGAGCCACCCCCUGUUGCUUGGAAAUGGUAAAAGAAAUUGAUAAAGUGGCUAAAUAUUAAGAAGAUGGGCAUCAAUUCAUGGAGUCUGUGAAGGUUAGAAGCACAUGGGUGAAGGGGUUAGACAUUUAUUUAAAAAAAACAAAACGUUUUUCACUCUUGAAAGUGAAUUUAGUCAGUCAUGAGUUUUAUUAGAAUUGUGUUCAGACCAAAAAAGAUCAUUUUAAAUUUGUUUUAUACAUCUAUUGUGGUAUCUAUGAGCUACAACAUGAGGUCAAAAACUGAACAUUAAAGUCCACCAUUUUUGCUUAGAGGACUAAUAAAGUCAUCAUAGUAGGACUGGGCGAUUUUAUCAUCGGGAUAAAUUUCAGUUCAAUCACGGUGAUCAGCUGUGAGCUUAUUUACUCAAUCAAACUUGGUGAAAAUGUGCAUCACAACAGCCAAUCAGAGUCGAGCGUUUCCUGCUCAUUUCUGUAAGUUGCUGGACAAGUAAACAGAGUAACCUAAUGUGGAGCCGAGGGCAGUAAAAUAGAUAUCAGCCAUGACUUUGAGUCAUCCUCCAAAGAUGUUAUUGUUGAGAAGAAAAGUUAUUUAACAUCUUAUUUAGUAUUUAUCUGUUUGUUUUUUAGUUUUAAGUAUAGAUGUUUUAAAACUGGCAGUUUUAAAAGAAAUAAUCGAGAUCGGACAAUAUGGCAAAGUAUAUCGUAAUCAUCUUUUUGGCCAAAUCACCCAGGCCUACAUCAUAGUAGUUCUAGGGUAAGUUGGGCCUGUGUCUCAACUGAGAAAGUAAAGGAGUCUGAUGAGAGGAUCAGAGUUUCAGUUCAGAUUGUUGAAAUAGUUUACUUUUUCUUUUCUUCUGGCUUUUUACAAAACAGCUUUUUAACAGUUAAAUGCAAUAAUAAUAAUAAUAAAAAGAAUUAUUGUACCAGUUGAAUAGCGUAUAACAGAUAAAAAUAUACAUGAAUGUGAAGAAGUGACUGUUAUUUAGGGAGAGAGAAGGUAUAUAUUAUCAAGACAGUUCUGUUUACACUCAUUCUGUUGGUUUGCAGGGAUGCACAACAUCUUGAAAUAUAUGCAGAUACACUAGUUAGAGACAAAACUAUGAUCGCCUUGAUGUAGUGAUCCCAAAUAUGAAAAAUGGCUCAUCUUACCCCACUCUCCCCUAUCCGCCGUCAGCAAAACCCUGACAUGGAAAAUGUAAAAUAAGAGCCUUCUCAAUCUGAUCCCAAAGCGCUACCUUACCCAGCUAUAGUUAUUUAUUUUUGAUGUGUGUGUGUGAGCUGCCGGUGGCGUGGCUGCACUUGAAAGUUGAAAGCAGAAACAUUUAAAAGCAAGUGGAUGGGGUCUUGAUUACAGGUUGGAUCAUGUGUAAUAGUGGUGGAUGAGUUGCUUUGCAAGUGUGGAGCAGAGCUGGUGUUGGUGCACGUUGCUCAUUGGCUGGAUCAUGUUGUCUUCAAGGACCCUUACAUGUUGAGCUGAAGUAACACCCAUUAAAAAGUUAUGAGAGAGUUAACAGGAGUUGUGAACAGUUCAGGGGGGGAAACGUGAUUUGUUUGUCUCAGGUGGGUCUUCUUGUGAAAGGCUUUGGAGGCUUGAAGAGGUAGCUGAUAUUUAGAGACCGGUUGGGGGUUCUCAAAAGGUGUGUUGCAAAAACUGGAGAUAAAGAAAGUUUGGAAAAUGCUGCUGUUUUGUUUUUUUCUUGCCACUGCUACUCAUGUUAGAUGAGAUAGGCCAAAACCCAUCUUAGGGGUUGGUUCUUGAUAAUCAAACAAUGAGCGUGGUCUACACCUGCUCGUGUUCUUUGAAAAGCGCUUUGAGAUGACAACUUUUGUGAAUUGGCACUAUAUAAAUAAAGUUUGAUUGAUUGAUUGAUUUGUGAUGCAAUGAAAAACAAAGCGAUUUUUCAAUGAAAUGACAUUUUAUUGAAAUUGUGUCAGGGAGAACUUGCAAACAGUACGGCAUCUUCAUUAAUAUCCGUUCACCCCGAAGCAGGGUUUUGGCCCCUGGUUGCAUGCGCACCUAGUAUUGUUCGUACACAAGAAACCCAUUUAUAGCCACAAAUAAUGCUCGGAACAUUGAAUAUCUCUUUAAUGUUUAUUAUGGGAAGACUACCGUUGAUGCUGUGUAAGGCUGUGUUACCAAUUUGUAGUAAAAUAUACAGUUAAAACCUUUGUAUCACUCUUUUUUAUUGCAGUUCUGUAAAUGUAUUUCAAAUAUCUAUAAAUGAUUUGUUCUGGUCCAUUAAAAAAGUUAACCUGCGCUCAGUUGCCAAGUUAAACUUUCUAAUAGUCCUACAUAAUCAUGUGGUCUCUGAACCUGCCAAAAUAUCCUAUAAUUAAAGCUCCUGUCCUUUUUACUAGGACUGGAAUUUACUGAAAUGAAUAAUAAUAAUGACUAUUAAUCAACUACAAAUGCAAACAAGACCAUAAACAACAAAACUGAAAGUAUUUUAAGUUUGAUGCUUGUGAUCAUUGUGAGGGGGGUAGGUGUCAUUUGACUUAAUCUCACAAGGAUGCAUGACCUUGAAAAUAGGCCCUAUAGAAAAGUGACUAGGAAACGCUGCAAAUGUGUUUUAAAGUGAUUUACUUUUUGCACAGUGAAGAAUAACUUUAAAAGUUUAAGAUUUUAACCAAGACCUAAUAAAAGAAGUUUAAAAAGAAAGUGGUGAUGCCAAACUGUUAGCUUACAGAUUGAGUAUUUCUCCUCUCUCAUCCACUGAAAAAUGUCAUUACUCUUAAAAUUUCUCCUGAGACCCGCUGAGAGAUCCCAACCGGGUUUUUAUAAUGAACUUGAGGCUUUUGAUAUGAGAAUGUUUCAUAAACUAUUCUCAAAAUGGCUCUUAAUUUGUGUGCAGUUUCCUCUUCUGUUUAUGAUUGAAAUAAUGGAUCUUGAGUUUGGGAAACACAACCUUUUUUUUCACAGUUUUAUUUGCUGUAUUAUAGACGUGAAUUUUCUUGGUUCUAUACAACAAAAAGGGGAAGGACCCAAGUGCAGAACCAAAAUGAUUUAUUUCAAAAUUAACUAAAUAAAAAGCAACGAAAACUUUCUUAGAAUGUCCCAAGGCAAAAAAGACAAGAGGCAAAAUCCAACAAAAGACACAGGGAGGAAAAAAUCACAAGGAGACACUGGCAUACAGACACGCAGAUUUGCAACCGACCACACAUUCACAAUGAACCAACAAAGAAACAGGGGAAGACAAGGACUAUAUAUACACAGGGAAACGAGCAACGAGAGGCAGGUGAGACACUGAGACACAGGUGCAGACAAUCACAGAGGAGGGAAAAUUAAGGUAGUAAAACAAGACUAGAAACACAGGGAAUGAACUACUAAAAAAUAAAACAGGAAACACUGAAAACUGAUGGAGAAUAAAACACUGAGAACACGAGGGAAACUGUGUCAGACACGAACUUAAAACCUACAAGACAAGACUACAGGGCAACAGGAAUAAGAGAACAGAAACACUAGGGAAAAAUCACAAAGAAAAUACACUUGCACUCAACAUUUAGUGUUUAUGUGCAUGGCUGGAUCAGUCAUCAAUAUUCACAGUAUGGUUCUAGAUGAGUUUGGAGGCUGCAUCUGGGAACUUAUAUAUAUACUUAUAUAUAUUCACUUCAACUAUCAUGUCACUAUAUAGAAAAAGGGGUUUCUGAAUGUGCACAAUCUUUAUUUAAUCCCACCUUGGCUGCUGUUGCACCCCUGUUAUCUCUUGAUUCUUGAGAGAUCUCGCUGGUCUUAUGAUAAAGAAAAUAAAACCCCAUUAAGGCCGGUGUUUGAUGCUCUGAAAGGAGCUCAUGAUCUGUUUUCAAGCCAAUUAGAGAUGGAGCGCAGGGGUCAUUGAUCUUCCUGUAAAUGUGAGAUUACUUCCUGAGGACGUGCAGGUCUCGCUGUGUUUAAAGAGCCAAAUUGCCGUUUGGCCACAAUCCUGCCCCGUAAGAUAAUAUCUCACAGGUUAUCCCCCUCCAGUGUUUCCCCACCUACACUUUUCAGCAGUGACCCAUAGCUGCACAUGGAAAAAAGUUUCUGGUUUAAAAGGACACUAAUAAAAACUCAGUAUCAAGGUUAGAAGUUGGAGGUGAACACAGAUUUAAAUUAUGACCACUGACACAGUUUAAAAGGCAAAGGAGUAACAGUGUUUAAAUAUGAAAAAUACACCUUUUUGCUCUUAUUUUGGUAGGGUCAUGCUGCAAACAGACCAAAUCUUAUGCGCUUUGUCACGAGACACUAACUCCAGGCUGUGCUUCUAAAAGAAAGUGGGAUACGCAUAAAAUGAGACAUCGAGAAGUGCCAGAUGUUGUUGUUUAUCAAAAUCCCUCCAUCCUUCGACCCUCUUCUUGUUAAAGUGUUUUCUGAGGGGAAAUAAAAUAUGAAAAAAUUAAAAUAAAUGCUGAAAUUUCUUCUCAAAACACUUUGUUGGACAGUAGAUCAGGAAGCUUGUACUAUUGACUCACCCUGGGGUGAAUUGGCCACCGCCAGUUUUAGUUUGGCAUACGAGCCUUGUACCUUUUUUUUUUUUGCACAUGCCCAGUCAGAUUUUAGCCGACGAAAUCAAACAUGUUCGAGAAAUCUUGUCAGCCAUCAACUGUGAAAUAGUCAUGAAAACAAGGCCUGAAAUCUACAGCCCUGAAUGUCUUCACACAACAGAGAAACCUGUAUCAGCUACGAGGCCUCUGUGCGCCUCACACUGCCAUGCUAGUCUGAACAGAUGCCCCGGCCUGUAACUGUUGCAGUGCAGAACGAAUUGGCAAACAUCAUGACGCUGACUGUGAUAAGACCUUGGAAGACUUCUUUCUCCGGCGAUAAGCUAAUACUUGUGUUAAAACUACAAUAUAAAGGUUAUUUAGGGAAAUGUUAAAACUUCAAAUUCACGAAGGCAGUCUCUUUGCACUGUUAAACACGAGGAGGAUAGAGAGACGAGCACUUGCUAUGAAUAUUUAUGCUGAUAGUCUUUAAAGGGUAAGUACACCCUCAAAUUCAGCUGGAACCCUCUCCAAGCAUCUUUUAAAAAAGCAGCAGAGUGAGGCUGGAGUGAUUGUAGGAGGUCGGGGCUUAGGACUGCACAGGGAUAAGGGAACACUGAGGGACACGCAUCGAUUGAUGUUCAGAUUGUGUAGAUUGUAGUUAUUACCCGGAGUCUUCCUCAGGGGUGGAUGUAAGAGAAACUUAAGACUUUCAAUCAGGACACCGCUGUUUGAUUCUUCUGUGAAAUAGUGCACAUGUUGGUGACAUUGAAUGUGAUUGCACUGUGAUCUGUUUGUACUCCAUAUGAUCUACAGAUUUAUGGAAAAUUCAUCAUCAACCUGUACGUUAACAUUUUGGGACUAGCUUUUACUGUUUCUCAAAGCUGAUAAAAGCAAAGGAAAGAUGCUUUUCUGUCAAUACGUUGUUUAAAGUCACGGUUAAGAUGAGCUAUGGUCACUGCUUGAUUACUCGGUUUAACCUAUCCUUGUUUAUAAGUAAAAACUGAAAUGACAGAAGUGUGUGCACCCGCUACAAUAAGUGGGGACAUGCCUCCUUCAGCUUGAUGUUGCUUGAUGUGUUACGUAUACAAAAAAUCAUCAAAACAUGUUACAACGAGGCUACAUCGAACAAAAAUGCAGUUAGUAUCACAGCUCUGUGCCGUUUUUUGUACAAUAGGAAAAGUUUCAUUUUUCGAACCCUUUCUCUUUUCUCGUAUGUUAGUCCUUCUGCUCAAUGUUGCUUGAUGUAUUACGUAUACAAAUAAAUCAUCAAAACACGUUACAAAUAGGCUAGCUGAAUGAAAAUUGAACAUAAAUAUGCAGUUGACUCCAACAGCUCUAUUUUUUUACGUACAAUAGGAAAGUUUCAUCAUUUUUUAAACCCUCUUUGUUCUCUUAUCUGUUAGUUCUUCUGCUCGAUGUCGCUUGAUAUAUUACAUAUACAAAAAAUUGUCAAAACAUGAUACAAAGAGGCUAACUGAAUGUGAAACGAACAAAAAAAUGCAGUUACUUUUACAGCCCUAUACCGUUUUUUUUUUGGUUUUGUUUUUUUUGGUACAAUACGAUAUUUUUGUUUUUCCCACACUCUUUGUUCAAGUAUCUGUUAGUCCUGUUCAAGCAGUUUUCAGUACAUGGACAGAGGCGGCAGACGGACAAGCUUUAGCGUUUGAUUAGCAUAACAGUGAAAAAAAAGGCAAAAAACUUCAUUUUACUGCUCUUCAAGAGAUAAUGGAUUUUACGGCAUCAUUUGGAGCCAACAAGAAAACUUGUUUUUAGGACUCAGAAUGCAGAUGUUUAUGGUCGAAAAAAUGAAACAAACAACUUCCCUUUCCACUGAUACAAACAUACAAUGAUCAAAGUUCUCUCUUUUUCUCUAGCCGAUGGUCAGAGCCAAGUAAAGCACAGUAAAAGUCCCAAAAUGGGAGCAUGAGUAGAAAUACAGGGUCAUUCAAUGCAGUGAAACACAGUGAUAAAAGUACAGGAACAUUUCACAUGACCAGCAAAAGGCACAAGGAGCUGAGUGUAAUAGAUGUCGGCUAAAUUAAAGAGGACAGACACUGAGCAAACAUAAAACAGAGCACAGUAUGGGUAGUGUUACAGGACGGGUAGAGGGAAAAGAAGAUACCCACAGACUUUAGAUUAGAAUGUAAAUAAACAUAUAAAGUGUAACGUUAUCAUACAAUCAUGGAAUAAUCAAAGAGUCUGUUUUUUUCUGACUGUGUGUUAGUUACGACGAUUAUGUUGCUUUUGUGACAUUAGGUGCUCUAGUUUCAUAAUGGGAGCACAUAUAACUGCUCAUUAAUACCCAAAUCAUGAUAUAUUUUUUUUAAUCUGAAAGCUGCAAAUCCUACUUAAAAAUGAAAAGGAUGUUUUUGUGUUGUUCAUGUCUUACUUACCUGACUACUGGAGUGGUGAGAGUUGAAACAGGAAAGCAUGUCGGCCUUCAAAACAAAAACAUACAAGCUGAAGUUUGGGAACACAAUCAGAACUGAUUUGGAACCUGUUUUGACAUUCUGCCUAAAAGCUCUGCAAUCACAUGUAAUGAUAUGUCAUAAGUAAAAUCAUCAUUCGCAUGGAGGAAGUCUCAGUGAUGCCAUCCAAUAGAGACAUAUUUUGAAGGCCAAACUUCAUAGUCCCCAUGUUGGAAAUGCUGACCGAACGUAACCUUUGGACAACCAAGAAGUUGGCAAAGACUUUGAGCCGCGGCAAGCUUUUUAGUCUCUUGGCAAAUGGCUCCAAAGUGCCUGCCUGUCAGUUAGAUAAUCCACAACCUGAAUUAUGCAAACCUGUACAAAAGUCUCCUUCCAAAAAGGAUGAUUGCGACUCGUGUGUCCCUCGAGGAAGCGAACAUAAAUUUUCACAUUUGAAUGCUUGUUUUCAAAAAUUUUCUCACAUUUAAAUUCGAAAUAUUCAACAACAGCUUUGAACAGCUCACAGUUGAACUUCAUCACCAGUAAAGUUUUUUUUGUUUGGCCAGUUUGUGGUGAGGUUGGAAAGGUGGCGAUAGAGGAGGGAAAGACAUGCACCAAAAAAUACUGAGAGUAUCAGUCCGAUGACCAGUGUGGACAGGACUUACCCUGUAACGUAGGGUCCCUGCUCUACCAACUGAUCCAAACUGGCAUCCUGGAAGUACACUUUUGCUAAUGCUUCAGACAUUGUUAAAAAUCAGUUUCACACACAUUUAGAGUAAUUUUUUGUUGUUUAUGUCACACUUUCACAUUGAUUUUAGAGAUUAUUUCAACAAAUACUUAGAAGCUAAAUGUUUUUUCCGAUUGGGUUUAAUUCGUAAAGGGGCUUAAACUGAGUGUGAAUCAGUUUCUGUUCCUUCAAAUGAUACAGACAUUUAGACAUAACAUCUUCGCAUGCUUUGCAAAUGCAUUAAUCUGGCUGCCAUAUUUAUUUGUCAGUUGUAAUGUUGAAGUAUCUUUUAGACACCGCCUUUCAAAGUAAACUACACCAUUAGCCUCACCGUGCUUCUAUUUGCAUGCUUUGUGCACAUUAUGAGAUAAGGCCAAGGGUGCAGUGAAUGAAUGACAGAGUGCAUCAGGAUUUUUUCUCUUCCACAUUAAACAGACACUCACGAAAACACUCGAUCCUGAUAGUGUGACAGGAUCUAAAACAGGCGCACAAAAGCUGAAGCUCACCAUAUGAUGAACUGGAUCACAAAUUCAUUCAUCAAAAUUAGUCAACAUCAAGCAUUUUUAUGUUCAGUAUGAGGCAUUUCACUCUAAACUACAGGCUUGUGUGAAACGGUCAAUACCACUUCUGUUUUUUUGGCUCUAUCCUGCUUACAUUGUCAUUGUAUCACAGUCUUUUUCACACCACAAAAUCCCUUAUAGCUUUGUGAAGUCUAUGGUUAUGAUUCCUGCUCUGAUCAGGCUUCAUGAAGAAAUCUGUUUCCUGCAGAUCCAAAUGUCUUCUGUGUAGUUUCUAGAAACAACAGUUGAUGAAAGGAAGUGUUGAACAUGUUCAGCUCUCUUUGGAGGCAAUUAAAAGCUUUGUUUGUAUCUAACUUGUCCUCUUCUCCAUGCUGUUGUUCUGUUGGUAGUGAGCAUUGAAAGCCUGCAGUGAAACUAGGACAAACUGUAGUUUUUACCACUUGUCUCUUAUCUCCAGGCCCCGUGGAGAAGCAUGUGAUGACUCACGCAAGGCAGAAGGGUUCCCUCAGGCGGAGUGACAGCAGCGCCGAGUGGUGGGACAACUGCCCUCUGUGGCCACAUGGUGGCGCCAUGGGUGACGCCUGGCCUGAGCGCUCGCUGCGAUUCGGGAGGACGAAGAAGAUAAGUGAGAUCGUCAAACACAAGAAACACCCGGACAAGAGAAUGAACGACAAAAGAGGGAAAACAGAAAAGUCAGAUCAGAGAAGGAAACUCGAUCAGAGGGGCGAGAAGAAGCGGGACAGGAAGUCGUAUCCUUUGAGGGGGAGGGCUGGUGCGACAGACGGGGAGGGGCUCAGCUGCCAUGUCCUCCUGACACGAUUGGAGGAAAGCGUCCGCGAACAGAAUAGGUCUGAGAAGAGGGAGCAGAAAGAGGCACGGCGCCACGCAUCCCUGAAACCCAAGCCCAAACAGGAGAGGAAAGGUGAAAGAAAAGAGGGAAAGUCGUUAAUAAAAACCAAAUCAAAGUCAAUCAGCUCGAGCUACAGCGAGUGUCUCUACGACCUUCAACCUCGUAAGCGCAGACUAGCCUCCCUCAAUGCAGAGGCGGUCAACAGUCUUCUGCUUGACAGAGCCACCGACCUGCAGCCAGCAGCUAAACAGGCCAGAAGACAGGAAGAGCCAUUAAACGGAGGGGCGCUCGUUGAUGCAGAUCCAACAAGGACUAGUGUCUGUGGAAGUCUGAAGGCUCCUCGAGGAAACAUUGGAAAAACCUCCACGUCGUCUCACAAACUUGAACUGUGCCAAAGCUCCAAGAAAGUCAAGAAGGCCAAAGCCAAAGGGAGAGAGAUAUGGGGGAUGAGUCAGGAGAUCCUGGACGCUCCUGCGCCUCGAAGAUUGGCGGGACUCAACGCCGCAGCACUUCUGAAGUUAACCAGCUCAUCUGCAACAAGCAAGCAGAGAGUGAAGUCUGUGCCCACUGCUACUGUUACAUCAGACUGUAAAGGUCCUACUGCAACCUCCACCCCAAAACAGAAGGCCCGAGUCAAACUCAAAAAUAAGGGGCCUCCGCAGAAGCAGACCGGAAGAAAGGACUUGUCCCCACAUGGCAGCUGCACGUCCUGCAAGAAUAAGGCGGACUUUGAGCCCAAAGUGGAGUGGGACACCGGCAGCUGUACCCAUCGACUGACCAAACCAGGCUACCAGUCGCGCAGCAUGCUAGCAUACCCACUGAAACAAGUGAAGGAAGAGCAGAUGGAGACCGAACUGAGCCCAUACUACUGCUGUCCCCCUGAGGGCUCAGUGGAAUACUGCCACCGCUUGGCCUUCUUCCUGGGCCAGCAGCCCUACGGAGAGUCCGACGAACAGCCACUUAACUCAGCCAUGACCCCUGUGAAGCGCGAGUGCCUCGUAACCUCCCCAUCUCUCACCCAUUCCCAUCCGCACACGGCUCUAACCCUCAGCCCCCAUCCCUGCCUCUGUACCGCCGAUCACUGCUUCUCCAGCUACUACGUCCACAUCGCCCAUCCCACACACACUGGAACAUCGUCAGCCAGCCUGGCCCAGCGACCUCUGAACUUUGCCCCCUCCAGUCUCUGCCCUAAUCGGAUGACUGGCUCCAAGCUGCUCGAUCCACGAGUGUCCCACGGCUCAGGGCUGCCCCACCCCGCCUACUGCAACACAGUGGGCUCGCCUUGCUAUGGUGAUGCCUGUGGAAUCGGUGGAUACACCUACAGAUCAAUGCCUCCUGUCACCAGCAGGGGGUGCACUUUCAGCACAGGAUGCACUGGAUGCACACACACCAUCAAAACAGGUGAGUGGGAAAGAACAACCACUUAAGGGUCGGCUGUAACUCAGUGGGGGACUUUGUUUUCUCUCGAACCCAGUCACCCUUCUGACUUAAAGGGAUACUCCGGCGUAAAAUUAAGUUAGGGUCAAACACAGCGCAACAACGAGUUAGUUGAGAGAUAAAUUUUGCUUGCUUCUCUAGUUAUACCAACUUUAGUAACGACUGCAAAUGGCAAUACAGAGAGCCAUGCGCUCAACCUAAACGCCAUUCUACAACCACAAAUAAUGCUCAGAACAGCACCUAACUUCAUCAGCAGUAAAUAUAGGGUCCCAGCCAUAGUACGAGACACCAAACAUCUUUUUAGCUUUGCCAGGUUUCCACUCUCAUCCAGCAGCCGCAUGUUUGUACAGAAACCUCUGAGCGAGUCCAUCGACUGCAGUGGAGUUUCGCAGCUCAAGGAAGAACAUUUAUGAUUAUUACUUUAUCAUUUCCUUGAAGUAAUAAUCAUCAUAUUAAUCAUUUUGCACUGCAGACGUGGUCUUGGCUUGAUUGCAUUUCCAUGAAGAAAUGACCAUAAAUGUUCUUCCUUGAGCUGUGAAACUCCACUGUAGUCGGUAAUGGACUGACCUGAGGUCUCGCUACAAACAAGCGGCUGCUGGAAGAGAGUAGGUGAGUUGUGUUUAGUCUCUUUGCUAAAGAAAUCAGACAAAGUUAAAAAGGUGUUUGGUGGCUAGUACUAUGGUUAGGACCCUAUAUGUACUGUUGAUGAAGUUAGGUGCUGUUCUGAGGAUUAUUUUUGGCUAUAGAGUGGCGUUUUGGUUGAGGUUUGUUUAUGGCUCCUGGGAUCGCUGUGUAUUGCUAUUGUGUGGUUGUUACUAAAGUUGGUAUAACUAGAGAAGCAAGCGGUCGGCAACAUUCAUCUCUCGAGGGGGUGUCUAGCUCCAUGUUACGAUGUGUUUGACCCUUAAUUGAUUUUACACCGGAAUAUCCCUUUACCAGGUCCCAUUUGAAGGAAGCAUAAUGGUGCUCUCUAGGAGUGUAGAAAAAUAUUACAUAGACACAACCCAUUUAUUAAGGGCUGGUGAUAAAACCCAAAAAAUGUACAAAAAGUGCUACUUACAGGCUACCCUGGAGCUUUUUAAAGUUGAUCAUUAUUAAUGACCACAUUUAUGAUUUUUAAUGAGAUCUGGCGCUGCGAGAGUAAUCGUCCCCUCGGAGGCGAGUUUGUUUACAUGUGUCUUUGAUCGUUUGACCUCAGAGCAUGUUUACGAAGUUAUUUUUUUCCAUCAAAGAAACUUUUAUCUGAAUUAUACACUUUGAUCUACUUAUUAUCAUCACGACUAAAGACUCCUUUGUUGUGAAAUUUGUGCCUCCAGCCUCGGGUGUGGCCCGACAAGUGCGGACUUUAUGUUUUUUGUCGUCUUUUUUUCUGUGUGUGUGUGAGCUCUGAAAGUGCCUUCAGGCUCUGAUGUAGUUAUUUAGCUUGAUAAGAAUCUCACAUGUAGAAUUUUCUGGAACAAUUCUCAGUGAUUAUAAAGAUAAAGAAUUAGGUUUCUUUGUAAAGGUGGGACGAAUCAGUUUAAAGGUUGUUUGUUAUGAACAGCAGCUACUGGACCUGCUAAAAAAACCUGAGCGUUCAAGAAAAUCUUGGGUUUAAAUUCGUGUCUCUAACAGGAUCAUGUGUGGUAUAGAUUUUUCUUGUUGUUGUUCGAGGGUGUAACUUUCCCUCUUUUCUGUCCAGAGGGUUACUCCUCCCCUCAGGGUGAACACAGCCCCUCCCUCCUGGUGUCCCCCUCCAUGCCCAUGUCCACUUGCCCUCUGUCAACUGUACCCACAUCCACCCAGACCAAACCCCACCUGCUGACCCCCCUGUCAGGACGAGACCAGCCCCCGGCCAGGUUAAAGCUUGCCAGAGAAUGUCCACAGAGCACCAAACCCUCCAACGGAUCUCUGUCCAUCAGCCGCACACGGCAGAAACAGCCGUCACCCCCGCCAAGCCUCAGCAGCGCCAAACAAAAGAGGGUCAGCCGCAGACGUGCGACUAAUGGCUGGCGGCCUGUUGGCGCGCCAUCAGAGAGAGAGGUCUUCAUUGCGGUAGGUUUUUUGUGAGUGCGUCUCUGAGUGGUGAAGGUUUUUUCUCUCUUGUUUUCCGCCCUGAUAGACGGAGCGUUAGCAUCCACACAGCUGCCUGGCAGAAGGAAGAGAAACACGAGCUCUGAGGGGAAAACAUAAUUGUGUUUUGACCACACGGCUCCAUGUGACAGAUCCCGUUUUGUCUUUAUAAUGAGAAUUAUAUCUGUCCUUGUCGGUUUGUGUGUGUGUCUGCGUGUGUGUCUGCUCACGUGCGUGUGUAGGGAGAGGAUGAGACGGCCCUGCGGCAGUGUUACGAAGGAGUGGAGAGAGACGGCGAAGUGAUACGUGUCAGAGACACUGUACUGUUGCGAUCCGGCCCCAGGAAGAAAUCCCUCCCAUAUGUUGCCAAGAUAUCAGCGCUGUGGGAGGACCCCAAAACAGGUGAAGGAGGCGAGAGGGGAGAGAUAAUGAGGUUUACCUGCAUGGGUGGAUAGACUAAAGGACAUAUGGUCAAGAUUGUUUACCUUUACCUGUUUGUGUGUUUGUGUGUGUGUGCUGUCUGCGCUCGGUUUGCUUCCUCAGGGGAGCUGAUGAUGAGUCUUUUCUGGUACUACCGACCUGAGCACACCCAGGGAGGUCGAGAUCCCAGCGCACACUGUGAGGUGAGGCUGUUGUACACUUUUUUAAAACAGUAUUUUAUAAAAGAAAAAAUGACAUAGAAGAGUUAACUUAUAUUAGAAUUAAAAAACAAUUUUCUCAUGCAACAGUUUUCAAACAAAAGAGUGUUUGUUUUUGAGAUUUUAACUCUGUGACUUUUAUUUGGUUUGCUACUUUCAUCCCAAACUGUCAACAAAGUCAAACAGGGCAGAAUCAGCGUGAUGCUGCUUUUGUGUGAAUGAGCAGACUGACUUUUUCUCUUUGCUAUAUCAGAGAGUAAAACUGACAGCGAGGAGAGUGGUAGUACCGCUGGAAUAACAGAAAGAAAUUCUUGCAAGGUUGUGGUUUUUGUUAAACAAGGAAAUAUUUAAACGGGCUCAACUUUUGCGAAUUUGUUGGAUCAUUGUCCAACUUUACAUGACUGAUUUUUGUAAACCUCGAUAUUCAUAUAGGUAUUUAUUUAAUUAUAUCAUAAAAUAUUUGUCUGAACUUAUCCAGCAUAUAGGGCUUUAUCAGAGACCCUCAUCACUUUACAUUGGAUACAUCAUUCAUUCGCUCACACAAUCACACUUUGGUGGUGGUAAACUACCUUAGUAGUUACAGAUGCCCUGGGGCAGACUGACAGAAACAUGGCUGCCAUUUUGCGCCUACGGCCUCUCUGACCACCACCACACAACACUCACAUUCAUACACCAGUGGAGGACACACACACUAGGAGCAAGGUGGGUUAAGUGUCUUGCCAAAGGACACAACGGACAGACUUGGGAUCGGGGGGAAUCGAAACGCCAACCUUCCAGUUAUUGGACGACCGCUCUACCUCCUGAGCUACUGCCGCCGUCUUAAAAUAUUUGUCUGAACUUAUCCAGCUAAGGGUUUUCCAACCUCAAAAGUGCACCCAUGUGUCUUUGUCUGCAUUGAGAUGAAUGUAGGGAAAGUACUACAACUUAAUAGUAUAAGCCGAUUGAUAAAUACACAAAUGUGUAUAGAUAGAUAGAUAGAUAGAUAGAUAGAUAGACUGAUUGAUUGAUUGAUUGAUUUAUUGGUCCCUGUUGGGAAAUUUGUCUUCACCAACUGUACAUUACAUAAAAGGACAAAAAUGCACAUCACAUAGGACAGACCUUAAGGAACAGACAACUAAUGACUAAUGUAAGUUGUGUUGACGUUUUAAUGGUCACCGCGUUUGGUGUGUUGCAGUUACAAAGGCAGCCGGCGGUCAUGGUGUUGCAUUAAUUUAUCUUGGUGUAAAUCGGUGGCAGAUGCGCUAACAAAGGUUACAUCUAAGAAGAGACACAGAUGACAAAAGAGUUAACAAACAUCAGAAAAUGUAAAAAAAUAUAAUAAAACGGUGCGGGAAAGUAUCUGCGGUUCCUUUUUAUCAUAUGUUCCUUGUGUUGGUUGGCUUUUGCUCCUCCGGUUUGAUGAAACCAGCUGUUAUUGUGAAUCAGUUUAGCAAACAGAUGGAGUUUAGAGUGCAGAUGUUGUUGCUCUUGAAUAUAAUAGUGCGUAACUUGUAGGUGAUGCAUGUGUGCAGUGGAAACUUAGAUAAAUGCUGCAUACUGUAUUUGGUUGCUCUUGUAUCGUUUGCGAAUCACAUCCUUGAUUGAUAUUGAAAUCGUUUCCAGACACAGUCAUUAUAUAUCGACACUGGCCUCAUGAGACUUGUUCUGGUGAAAAACAGUCUGUCUUAUUCUUCUCUUUUCUUGCUAACACUGUGUUGUGUUUACUGACUGUGGGAGUAAAGUAACGCUAUUUGCAUUACGUCCUAAUAUAUCAAUGCAAUAAUGGAAAAAGUGUGAUUAUCUUUUUAUUUUGAGUGAGCAACAAUGCAUAACGAGGUGUUUUACAUAAGACAAUAAUGUGGAGGGAGGUUAACAAAUUUCCCUCUGUGCACACACACUGAGACAGUCGCUGCUGCUGUCAGAGACAUCAUUAUCUUCCUCCCAGCAGCCCUGAAACUGUUGAUAGCUGGUUAGCUCUUCAGUGUAACCACAAUGCCAGAGUGAUGAUAUCUCUGCCACCUCAGUCUGAACAAACAGAGAGGAGAAGACGCUGAACAAUACUCGCGUUUAGGCAUAUCUGUAUAAUUAGUCUAGUAGAGGAGGGAUUUUAUAAGGAAAAAAAGGCAAAAAGACACAAAGGUCAAACCACACUGCACAUACACAAUUAAGUGUUAUAGCAGGUAAAAGGUGUCAUCACGUCUUCAGCUGCCGUAAUAAGAGGCACUUGUGGUAAUGUGACAUUGUACACCCACUGUGGUUUCAGAAUGAGAUUUUCGCCUCUCGGCAUCAGGAUGAAAAUAGUGUGGCCUGCAUAGAAGACAGAUGCUACGUUCUCCCACUAGCCCAGUACUGUAGGUGAGUACACUUACACACACACAUACACACACAAGUGCGCAGGAAUAUCCAUCAAAACAAAGACGUUAAUCCAAAGAGGGCCUCUGAGACCCCAACCACUUCUUAAAGCGGUAUUCCGGCGUAAAAUUAACCGAGAUAGACACCCCAUCGAGAGAUGAAUGUUGUCGACCGCUUGCUUCUCUAGUCAAACCAACUUUAGUAAUGACAGCACAAUAGCAAUACAGAGAGCCACGCGCUCAACCAAAAUGCCACUCUAUAGCCACAAAUAAUGCUCAGAACAGCAGCUUACUUCAUCAACAGGACAUAUAGGGUCCCGGCCAUAGUACUAGCCACCAAACAUGUUUUAAACUUUGCUUAAUUUCUUUAGUAAAGAGACUAAAUACAACUCACCUACUCUCUUCCAGCAGCCACAUGUUUGUAUGAUGUCCUCAGGGUGAGUCCAUCAACUGCAGUGGAGUUUCGCAGCUCAAGGAAGAACAUUUAUGAUCAUAACUUUAUCAUUUCCCUAAAGUAAUAAUCAUCAUGUUAAUCAUUUGCCUUAGCAUCUUGGCCUGAUUGCAUUUCCAUGAAGAAAUGAUCAUAAAUGUUCUUCCUUGAGCUGCGAAACUCCACUGCAGUCGAUGGACUCGCCUGGAUUUCUUCGUACAAACAAGCGGCUGCCGGAAGAGAGAGGGUGAGUUGUGUUUGCUAGAGAAAUCAGGCAAAGCUAAAAAGAUGUUUGAUGGCUAGUACUUUGGCUAGGACCCUAUAUGUACUGUCGAUGAAGUUAGGUGCUGUUCUGAGCAUUAUUUGUGGCUAUAGAGUGGCGUUUUGGUUGAGCACGUGGCUCUCUGUAUUGCUAUCGUGUGGUCAUUACUAAAGUUGGUUUAACUAGAGAAGCAAGCGGUCGGCAACAUUCAUCUUUUGACGGGGUGUCUAACUCGGUGUAGUGCUGUGUUCGGCCCUAAUUUAAUUUCACACUGGAAUAUCCCUUUAAGACACGCCCAGAGUGAAGGCGCCACCGUGUGUUUUAAUCAUCUGUGUGUGUUUCUUUGUAGAUUUUGUGCCUUGGUGAGGCGGCGAGCCGAAGGCGCCCCACCCGGCAGCGCCAGCGUAGUGCCCUGCCGCCCUGACUUUGCCCCCCCCUCCCACCGCUGUGUGCCCACUGACAUCGACCCCGAGCUGGUGUAUCUCUGCCGGCACGUCUACGACUUCCGCUACGGACGUAUCCUGAAGAAUCUGCAGUAGAGAGAAGAAGAGGGGGGUCCCACUUCUGAGUUAAUCAUCAUGUAACUCCCACCUACCGCACUGAGGUGGUGUUGCUGAAGGACUGAACUCCCUUGUCUCCAGAAGGGAAGGGGCAUGAAAUGUUUUUAAGGGGUUCAGAUGAAGCAAAAAGUGUUUGUGACACAUUAUGAAGCACAGAUCCCUUUAGUUGACUCCAGGGGGCGCUACAGUGUGAGGGCAGAGCAACAGUUUUUCCUUAAAUUGGAGGACUGAGACAGGGACGAGGCAUUUAUCAGCUUGAAGAUUUCAGCUUCCACAACAAACCCCCCCACUUUCCUGUCCUCUGCCUGCCAGGAAUGCAGAACACCAGAAUGACCCGGGCGGCUGUCAGGACGGUGUUUCCCCCAAAGCAUCUCAGCACAACAAUCAUGUUUGUUCCAUUUGUAAGCUCAGGCUCAGGAAGGGUCCGGCACUAAGAUGCUUCCAGGGGUGAACACAGGCCUGCACUGUCAGCCCGAUGUUAACGCUGCUCAACCUGCCGGGGUGAAGGAGCAGCUAAUGGAGAGUGGCGUCCGAUUCUCCUGGUUUGAGUUCGUCUCACUCAUGUGUUUGUGUGUUUGUGUGUGGGAGAGAGAAAGAAAGAAAGAAAGAGAGAGUGUGUUGUCAGUGUGGAUAAAUGGAUAGAUGUGGGUGUGUGUUUGCGAUGGUUUUUUAGGAGGCUUUCAGGCAAUCAAACCAAACAAGCAGCUUUAGAGGAAGCGGUGCCACAGUGCUCUGACACUGACAGAAACAUUUCCAUCUCUCAUGAUGCUAACACACUGAACCUGGAGGAGAUGGUGAGGCAGAUUUAUCCUUACUAACUCGACUCUAGAGCGGGGCAGGUAAUUUAUUAGCGAGAAAUUACACUUGACAAAAGCCCUGAUGGAUUUUUGACUUAACUGAAGAGCCUUGUUCCUGAGGGGGUCUUUAAAGGGUCUAAUGCCAUUUGACGGCUUAUAAAGAUAAGGGCCAUUCUUCACUUUUUUUUUUUUUUCCUUUUCCUUUUUUUGUAUCAUGUGUUUUUUUUCCCUGUGACUUGCCUUAUGACUUGCAGGUAGAGCGUUAGGCAGCUAGUGUCUCACAAAAAAAAGUCGUAAAACAGGUAUCCGAAGAGGAAAAAAGGGUGUUGCCAAUUGCCUGACGGCUUUGGCGUGAACACUGGGCGAAAUUUGGAGCAGCAACUGAUCAGUUUCCCACCUCUGAUUCCUCUGAGUCUUUUUGCGCAUAAAUGGUUAUCCCAUUGUUGAAAUAGUCGCUGAUUCUUACCCCCAAUUUCCACCGUAUUCGGAACGGCUACGAAAAAGCUGUAUCCGCGAAUCGCAGCUGAUCGUAACCAUUCUUCUUCUUUCUGUGCCACUGUGAAUUGCUGGACUCCGCAGCUGAUCGCAAGAGUUCUGCUUUUCCCGGAUGCCAGAGCAUGCCGGAUCAAUUGAGCACAGAUUAACUUGUGCUAGAAAGGAAGUCGGGCACAGACAGAAAAUAAAACAUCUUUUCAAAAUAAAACACUAUUUCAGGCGGAUUGUAUUUCACACCAUGCAAACGGGCAGAGACAAACAAUUGAAAGAUUUUUAGACAGCAUUUCACCCCAAUGACACCAUGGAUAAGGAGAAGUCUGGAAGUGGAUUUCACGGGUUCUUGUGAGUUCUUGCAAUUCCCACUGUCUGUAAUCCACCAUGAAAUUCGCCUCACAAACGGAUCUGGUGGGAAUUGGCGGACAGUGAAAAUUGCCACCAUUCCGAAUCGCGAUUUUUUUUUUGUAGGAUGGUAGGGAAAAGUCCCGCCUCCUUCGCCUCUGAUUGGCCAGAAAAGCUGGAAAAAUCAUCACACACUCAAGCCAAAUGCGUGCUGUCGGCUCUGUAUGUCAAACAGAACAUUAUCGCACCCUAACCUUACCCUAACCCGACUGGCUAUGACGUUUCACAGCCAAUAGGAAUAACCAAUCGGAGCCCAGCACUUCUAGCCAACCAGAGGCCAAGGCUGGCUAGAAAAAAAAAAAAAUUUGCUUCCGGAUCGGAGCUGUUCCAGACAUGGUGGAAAUUCGGGGUUAUUCAGUGGGUCGACAUAUCAGUUGCAGCUUCACUCUGUUUUAAAAUACAGUGCAGCUUUUCAUACAAUUACCCUUCUGCGCUUCGCCUGCUCGCUUAUCCACCACCUAAAAUGAUGUAAUUCUAGCGUCUUUUUCCAGUGAGUUUAAUUCCACACUCGGAAACAUAUUUUCCCUCCUCUUCCUCCUCCUCCUUCUCCUUCAUCUCCCCUCCGACGAUAAACCAAAGGAUGUCACACACGCCAGAGUCCUCGCCUCCUCCCUUGCACUUCUCCACCUUGUCAGCACUCCUGCUCUUGUUCCCUUUAUUAUAUUGCACUAAUCCAUUCCUUAAUUGCAACCGUUUUUUUUUUUUUUCUUUUUUUGUUCCAGCUACUAAUAUCUUACCGGGGGGGAGUGUAGUGUGUGUGUGUGUGUGUGCGUGUGUGUGUUUGGUGGUAAAGAAGGAAAGGAUGAGGAUGUCAUGGCUGCUUCCGUCAAUGCAAACUGUAUAUUUUUUACUCGAUUAUGAAGAGCCGGCGAGGCGAGCGUGUUAGUCAUGUGACUUGAUGCACAACCUGUUGAACCCAUUGGAGUAUAUACAGUACUUAUGAAUAACUAGAGUCAUUCCAUUUGAUUUCUCAAUCAGCUCUGACAUACUUAUAUGAAUAUACAGUAUAUAUAUGUAUGUAUUCACACUGUUAAUGUGACUAGAGUUCAGAAAAAAGGCAUCUGACGUAGCACCGUGUUAGGCGUGUUCAUGGACUGAAGGUCGGGGAUGAGGGGUGUUCGAUAAGUUAUUGAGUUGUGGCGGAUUUCAAACCAAACUCAUUUAUUGCCUUUUAACCUGCAAGUGUCGUACUGUUACUGAGAAAAUGAGUCGUGUCGGAGUGUGUGUACCUUUUUAAAAACAUAAAGAGUACCCGAUUGCUUUCCUACAAACGCUAAACGCCCCCAUUCUUCAAAAUAAGAAAAGAAAAAAAUCGAGUCGUCACCACUUUAAAGCCAUCUGAAACUUUUCUCUAUUUGGGCAGCGUGACUCCCUACACCCUUCAAAUCGAACCCUGAUGAUUGGGUUAUUUAUUUCUAUUAGUGCCCAGAUUCUUCAAAGAGGUAAUAUAUAAAUAUAUAUAUUCUCCUACUUUACAACUUCUCCUUAUUAAGAAUAUUUUAUUAUGUCGAUUUUCCUAAGAUGGCAUAUGCAAUAUAUUUUUAGACGUACUAUUUUUGGAAAAAUGAACUUAGCAAAUUAAGAAAAGAACAUUAUUUUUAUUUAAUUUAAAGUUAGUUUUGAGUCAUCACAGUUUUAAUUAAGAUUUGACCAAAUGAAAGAAAGAAGGAAAGAGGAGAACGAAGGGAGUCGGCGCCAACGUGCGACCUGCGAGCUCAGGCGCCGAAGAGCUCCUCUCCAGAUGAUUUUUAAUGACGUGUACAUAUCUGAACCCAGGAAGCACCGGGCACUCUUUAAACAAGCAGACAGCCAAUGCACAGUGUAGUAUUUUUGCAAGAUCUGUAAUGAUUAUAUUUAAAGCAAGAAAAAAAUAUUUAAAUGGAGUAAGCAAUGCGAUAUAUUAAGAUUUCAAUUUAACUUAUUUGGAAAUACUGUGUCUAAUUGAUUAACUAUAUCCUGUUUAUUUGUGCUCCAGGAUAGAAAUGAUUUGUGUUUAUUUGUAACUUAUAAGUUUAGAAGUGAAAUGAUUGAGUGAUGGUUGUUGACAGAGACGUAAACAUUGUUUAUUUCUUGUAGAUGUCAGCGGGUGGAGAGCAGACCAAAGCACACCCUGACAGAUAGAGGGGCAGAAGUUCCCUCAAAACACACGCAGAUAUGAUCCGAUCUCCCCUCCCUGUUAGAAACUCAAAAUCUGACCCCAGAUCUGCGCAUAGAGACGACUACAAACCCUCAUGUCUAACCUGACUGACCUGAAGUGUUACGUUUGGGAGGAUGCUGUGGCAACUUGGUCACCUGAGCUUUUAUUGAUUCAUCCGAUUAGAGGAGAGACAAAGAGAACAGCUGAGAUAGGACAGGAUGUCCUCUGGGCUCCAGGUGGAAGAUCCCCUUGGAGCACUGAUCUGAGACCAGUUUACUCUCUCUAAAUUUAGCACAACAUUAGAGAGGGUUGGUUUCCAAUAGGAAGGGACUGUAUGAUAAGUACUUGUUGGAAAUGUUGUAGUUGAGAAGAGUUAAUUAAGCACAGGAGGAGUUUGUAUCUUAGGGGAUUAUAAAGAAUUAAGUUUGGCUUUUUUUUAAUCAAAAAAUUACAAUAAUUUACAGAUUUUAAUUGCAGCUCCUCUAAAAAUAGGUCCUUUCUUUGCAAGCCAGAGGGUGUCCAGAUAAGAUAUACAUUUACACAACUUCAUCCCUCCUACUUAUCACAGUAAUUUCCACUCGGUCCCUUAUCUAACAGGGUUUUUCUGAUAGGCUCAGACAUGUAGUCCCUCCACCAUCUGAAUCAGCUGACCUCCACAGCCUCUCUCCCAGAUGUGCAUUCAUGAUGUUAGCCCCCUAGAGGGCAGAAAUCCUAUGUGCAGAAAUGUCUCAUGGCCACCCCCUGAACAGCUGCCGUUCACAGUUUUCUCUCCUUUGCUUUUGUAAAGGAAAGAGAUCAGGUAAAAAAAGCUUAAGGGGGUAUCCGUGAGUCAUCCUCCCAGAUGCUGGUCCAUCCUGCAACAAGAAAAAGCAUGGACUGAACAUUAUUCUUUAUGUGACUUAGUUUCCUAGCAGCUUUGCAUGGACUCCAUUGCAUCCUUUGUUACCAUGACAUCAAGGUGAGGCCAGCAGUCUGGAGGGGUCAGGUUUUGUGUUCGUACGGCAGCAGGGGGGGGUCAAACUCACAGUGACUUUCACUGACGCCACAAAACAGAAGCACCCGACAAACUCAUGAGAUUCUGCUUUUUAUGUGGUCUGUAUUGAUGCUUAAUGUCAGCAUAUAUUUUAUAUAUUUGGAUGAAAGGGGGCGGGGGGGAUAUAUACAGUGAAAAGUUUAGAUAUUUUUGGAGUAGAGAAGCAGUGUGUGUAUCAGAUUAUUGUCACUUUGUCAUGCUCUCUGGAAAUCUGUUGGAUUUUUUUGGAAGAAUUAUAUAACAUCCCUACUGAUUUAAUGUUCCAUUGAAAGAAUAUUUAUAAAUUUGAAGUCCUUUGUGAAAAAUCUGUGUCUGUGUGUGGCUCUUUAUUCACUGCGUUAAUGUCUUUAACCUUUAGCAUCACCCCUUGUGAGUGACAGGAGGUAAAGUUCCUCCAACAUGCUGUUCCCACUGUCUCCACAGGAGAGCAGCAGUGAGACAACGUGCAGAUCAGGGUCAAACCUCUGACCUUUCCUUUGGGCUCUUAAUGGUGUCCAGUGAGUAUAUAUCUGAUUAAUGAAAUACAGCAGGAGAUAGAUUUCCACUUCCACCUGUCCUCCUC